AUGCUUCGAAUCAAAUUUAACGUCAGAUCGACGGCGGACAGACGCGGGCAGCCACAAGGACAGAUCGAGGUAAUUUAACAUCAGAUAAAAGAACAGAGAUGAGGAUAACUCGCCGUUUGAUAAGAAAACCAGUCAAGCAGCGUGUUGAGUUUCAAGGACUCAUUUGCCACUGUUGAUCGAAAAGACUCCCGAUACAACGUAAUUUCGCUUUACUUCUAGUACGGCAUGAUCUCCUUAUCUCUGUUUAAAGAUAUGUGAUAAUAUUUUAGAGGGGUAAAGAAAUUUUUACUCUUUGAGGAAAAUCUAAAACAACAUGUGAGAUGAUUUACUUUGCGCGCACUACGCCUUAUCAGUUUACGAAUCUGACCUCACAGACAUUCAUCAACACAUAUCCGGUCAUUUGUUAACAUGUUUUCCUUUUCUUACAUUUCCUUUCUUUAACUCGACACGAAAAACGAGGGUAGCUACCGGAAUUUUAUAUCCUUGAAAAGUAGCUGAUAGUUUUGGUCCAUGGUGAUAGCGCGUGAGGUAUUUUAGCGAGGACUCCAUCUUGGACUUUACCGACUUCUCUUUCAUCACACAAUUAGUUGAAGAAAAAUUGGGCCAGAUAUCCGAGAUAAUAACUAAGCGAGAACGUAAGAAGCUUUCUAUCUUGACCUAGAGAUGAAGGCCUCAUUAAACGAAUCGAUCAAUGUAGGCUAUCUGCGCCGUUUGUCUUGUAGACCGCUUUUUCUUUUGCGGUUGAGGCCACGAAAUGUUCGGCGUGCUCUCCCAUCCAAGCAUGCUUACCUAUCUAGGAUUGUUGAUGUAAUAUUUUCACGCAUUAUCACUUAAAAAGGAAACAGAAAACCUCCUUAACUAUGGAUUACUUUAUUACUCUUCUUCUCUUCAAUGUGAAGAUUAAAAAAGGUUACAAAAGGUUUCAAAAUUAAUUUUGUAUCAGCAACUUUGUCCCCGAAAAACGAGUGCUAUUGGUCGAUGUGAGAGAGAUUUCAAGCCACAGAAUUUCGUUCGCAGACUCAAUGGCAGACACCUUUAUGCCUUAAAUAUACAGGAAAUAGCCAACGAUUCCUUAAAGCUUCUUUGUGGCUGAAUCAGAAUGCAACCACAAAAUAAGCUGUUAUAAAAAAGGUAUUUCACAGGCAAAAAAAUGGGAAGUGUUUCCGGUUGUUCGAACGAAAAGUGGAUGGCUUUAUCCCUACCACGGAUUAAGCGGCCUCCAACGAAUAAGCGAUAAAAAAGUAGCCUUAGACUAUUUACAGGGUAGAGCGUUAAAGCGUUUACAAAUAGGAAUAAGUAUGGACCAAGCCAUUUUCAGGGUUCAAACAAACAUUGUGUUUUAGCGCUCAUCAGGUGAUACUUCAAUUCUGCGCCCCAGAUUCCGCGGCCCCGCUUGUUUGGACUUCGACAUUGGGAGACCACCUGGUACACAGUUAGUAUCAUUUUGUACAGCUUAAUAAACUAAAUAACAUUAAAAGAAAGUACUGCCGAGUUGCCUUCAUUUUACUGUUCACAAUUCAGAAUUUUUUAGCUCAGAGUCAAAAGUGAGAUCCACCUUUCACAGCAUGAUGUUGACAGACCUACAGGAAAGGACUGCUCAGUGGACAAGCUUUCAUCUUUAGUAUUUCACCCAAAGACCCAAAAGUUAGAAACACCUUGUACAACAUGCAUUCUCACAAGAGAGAACAGUGCUCAGCAGUUUCUGUGGAUGAUCGCUCUCUUAAGGAUUUUAUCCACGGAAUCAAAGAACCACCCUAUACAGCAUACUGCCCAGUAGUUUUCAUUUGAAUGAUCACGCUUUUGAAUUUUAUCGACAAUUUCAAAGUUAGCUCUAACCUUGUACAGAACCAUGUGAAAGUACUGAGUUCAACGUUGCUUUUAUGGUCCCACACUUCACUUGGCUAGAGCAUAAUAAACUACAGACAGUUUCCUAGUAAGUCAGUCAGUCAGUCAGAGGCUCUGUAGCCGGACUGGAAAAAACAAUCGGACGAGAACCUUUUAGAAAUCUCGAUCUUUGCUCGAUUCUUGUGUCUAGCUCGGUCAUGCCCCUAUCGCGAGAGCUGCAUGACUAUCCCGGCCCCGGGAUGACUGCAUUAUGACUCGUGGAGUCAUCAUGGAGCAUUAUUCAGUACCUAGAUUAAAAAGCGUAAAGAUCUCAGUUCUGUUGAUGUGUUUCACGAGAGGUCGAUCGUUACGUCGGUACGUUUCACUAACACAGAAAACAAAGCCUGUAGAGCAGAACUUGGCCGAUACCCUCUAUCUAUAGACGUAAAGGCCUCCCUUUUAUGUUACUGGCAAAAACUAGAACAGAAAUCAGACAACCCUCUCUUAAAUGAAGCUUUUAUUUACGCAAGAAAUCACAGACAGUUUUAUGAUUUAUUAAAUAGGGACGAAACAAUACAAGUGCACUACGAAAACGAGGUAAUAAAAAACCAGCAAUGUGUUAAGAGCACUCGUUCUAGCAUUAAACAACAGCUGCAGAAAAAAUUUUCUCAAGAUUGGUUUAAAGCUCAAAACGACAUUUCGGAUAGCUCUAGACAAAAAAAAUACAAACAAGGAAAUUAAAAAAGAUUAUCACUUGGAAGAAUACCUAAAGAUAGUUAGAAAUCCAGCUCAUAGAAUCAUUAUGACUAAACUGCGAUUGGGAGUCCAUACUUUACGUAUUCAAACAGGGAAAUAUGAAAAUAAAGGAGCUUCUAUACCGGGAGAGGAAAGGCUUUGUUUGGUUUGCAAAAGAAACUGCGUAGAAGACGAGAAACACUUCUUAAUUGAUUGUACUGAAUACGAGAGUCUUAGACAGCAACUUUAUUUUCAUAUUUGUAAAAAUGAUGCAACCUUCAUCAAUUUAACAGAUCAUGAUAGAACGUUACAUUUACUCAGAUUGGACAAUGACAAAACUUCACAUAUUAUAGCCAAAUAUGCCCAUCUAAUGUUUAAAAAACGAAAACAGUUCCUGAGUAAAAAAUCCAAUUGAUUAGGUAAUUAAAUUAUAGUAUAAUUAUUAUCGAAAUAGUAUAUGCCGUAUAAUUUUGUUGUUUUCGUUCAUAUUUCUUUCUUUCUUUUUAAAUUUGUUGUAGUUGAAAAAAAAACCUUUAUUGUAACUAGACCGAUGCCUCCCUUUGGAGAGUAAGGCGCAAUAAAGAUAUACUAUACUACUAUACAACUACAGACUAGUAAACUAGGUGAAAACCUCAUGCAGAGGCAAACAGAACCAACACAACAUUAAGGGUAGUUUGAAUUCAGAUUUUCGCUGACUGCAAAUAAUACUAGCAGUGAUCGAGGGGCGGUGUCACGGAUUUCUUCUCGUUCAUUUUGCUAAUAUUGCAAAUCAUACGACAUUAUUGGGAGUGGAACUUAUUGUUAGCGACGAAAUUACUGGCAAAUUAUAAAAUAAAAGCUUCACUGUGUGUCAUUUGAAAUGUGUCUUCCAAGCAUUAAAUCAAACGUUACAGACAACAAAACCACAAUUUUCUAUCCGCUUCAAUCUUGAUCAGGUUUCAGUCCAUCCGUGCCGUCUUAAAUUUGUAUUUGCUGUGCUAUUUAUACCUUCUUUUAUUGUUUUGAGCUGUUAUUUUUAUGUUUCACUCAGUUUAGUGGAACCUGCCACUAUUUAAAAUUUGAUGAAUUUCGUGACACAGCUUCUUUAAUGCCAUCCCUAUAAAGAUCUAUAAACUGUUUCCCAUCGCUCGACCGACCCAUCUUCUCGGCGAAAAAGUAACGAAAAAAUCCAAUAAGCAUCAUCCUACUUUCUAAAUCGUCUUUACCUUGAUUCGACCUUCGGUACGAACGAAACAUUUUAUGGAGAUGGCCAAACUGAAGGUCGUGCGACUCGCUGCACCAUGAGAUAGUAGUGUUUGACCUUGUCCAGUGGUUUGGCCUGUGCCGAUUUUUAGCUAUUUUUGGUAACCCCACAAAGAUAUGAAAAAAAAAAAAAGAAAGAAAGAAAAGAAAACAACCAAAACUUUCAAAUGAAAUCGUUCAAACGUUUUUUUUUCGUGUUACAAGUUUUAGGUUAUCAAAACUGAAAGGGGACAUAAUUAAGUGGCACUCUACAGUGCAGUCUUCGUUUGAAUUAAGUACGUUUCAUGUGGGUCUCACUACGAUUUCCAAAACAAAAUCGCAUACCGGAUGCGUGACGAUUGGACUACCGGGGUGAAAUUAAUCGCUCUUUAAUUCCUUAAACUGACAGGCAACAUGCUUCUAAAUUUUAAGCGUAUUCAGAGGGGGUAAGAACGUGCUGUAUUUGGACGUAUUUAUUAAAGUUUAUCACUUGGGACAAAAGUUAUUUGGAGUAACGUAUCUUUGUUUAUGUCAGUUUUCAUGCCAUUUUGUUUUUGAAAUGAAUGUUCCAACAGAUGGUUACGUGUUUCGAUCCGGUAAACAGAUAAUCUUAUAAUAUAUGUGAUUGCUUAUACUGCCACGCCGCCUUGUAUAAGCUGCAUAAAACGUGAUAGAAGUACAAUGUUGAAAAUUUCAAAAAUAACUCCCAUGGAGAUUAUCGUAAUUGUUUGCUUUUUUACAUACUAUUCCUGCUCUUGCAGUUUUAAAAGCGCUCGUUUCGUCUUGAUUUACCAGUCGAUGCAUUUUGGCACAGCUUUCUCUGAUUGCAAUUCAAUUAAAGAUGACGGCCAUGCAUGUGGCGCCAUGACGUACCAUGACGUCAUCAGGUCAUUGCGUCAUGUAAAUAUAACCCCAAAACAGGGUGCGUUUUUUUGCGAGAAUCCAAAAACGGAUUUGUGAUCUCAGAUCAUACGAAUUCUUCACUGCCAGAUAAAACGGAAGAUUCGUGGGAAAAAAACAACACUCCUCAUGGCGAAGACGAGAAGAAAAAGCAACAUAAGCUAUGAAUGAAUGUAUGCGAAAUGUUUUUAUUUGGGUUUGAAACUCAAACGUUCUUCGAAUAGAACACACUCCUUAGGAUAGUAAAAUUAUAAGAAUUUAAAACUGAAGCCGCUGAACUGUUUUUUUUUUAUUACUUGGAAAAUAAACCAGCGUAAGCAGGCAUUACAUACGUACAAAAAACAUGACAAGUAAGGGUUUGAAAACAGUCUACCAAUAAUCUGAAUAGAUGACAAACAUGGAAUAAUAUGUAACUCAAAAUUAAUAAGGCGCGCCCCCAACAUAGGUUCAUUUAGAAUGUCAUACAUGUAAGACAUCAGUUACGCACUACUUUUUUUGGAAAAACUGCUUGUCAAAAGUACUUUUUUCAAAUCCUCUCCCAAAAAAACGUUCAGAUUGUGAAUCUCAAAAAUCCGGAUUUCGAUUUGAUCCGAAGAAUCCACCCUGAGUGUGGAUUUUAUGGAUUCAUGAUCCGUUUAUGGAUUUGCCCAAAAAAACGCAAACUCCGUUUUUGGAUUCGGAAAUACGGAUUUGGAUUUUUCCAAAAAAAUGCACCCACAAUCUAUGGAGGUCUCUUUUUCGAUUUGAAGGGAGCCUAAAAAUAAACCCGUGCGAAACGCAGAUAGCUUGAAAGUUGCAUUUGUCAGGAAUGGAGAUUACCAUUGAUAGUUUUUGUCUGAAUGACUUUAUCAUUGAGGCUUAAAAUUAUCUCUUAAUUUAAUUGCGUGGUGCUCCCCCAAAUUGUCUGCAAAUUUCCCUUGCCUUUGCCGCGAUUCACCUUUUUUUAAACAGUCGAACCUCCCGUAAGCGACCACCCAAAAUGCAAAGACUUAGUGGUCGCUUACGGGAGGAGGUCGCUUACAAGAAUCGAACGGCACAGGGAGCUCUUCCUAGAAGAAGUCCCGGGCACAUCUACUUCAUGCAAGAUAAUUUAUUGCAUACAAUUUCUAAGUUAAGCCAUGAGUAUUUCCAAGCAACGACUAAAGUUCUUCGUAUAUUCCAAGUAGCAUAGUGUAGACAGCGAACAUAGAUAGAGAAUGCGUCAAGUGGUCGCUUACAAGAAGUUAAAACAAUGGAAAAUCAUUAAACUUUCAGGCUCAAAAAGUGGUCGCGGUCGCUUACAGGAGGUAGUCGUUUACUAGAGAUUUCUACUGUAAGUCUUUAACUGGAGAAGGUUUGGUGUUUUGGAUAGUUGGUCGCUUCUGAAAGGUGGUUGCACAUGGAGGUUCGACUGUUGAAAAUGUUACAACAAGGGAAACCUUCUCGAAGCCCGUGUAUACGAUUUGAAGAUUCGUCUAUAUAUUUGCACUGUACUUACGUUUGUCUCCCAGGGGACUCCAUAUGAAAAAGUUGGGGAUGCUCGUCGGAAAUUUUGGGAGUUCACCUUGGGCAUGGUGUUACCUGUUUCAAUAUUCCUUCUCUUGCAACUCUAAAUGAAACCUUGGCUGUUACAAAUGUCGGAAGUUUUGCUCGGAACCCUUAACCUCUCGCCGUCAGCCAUUUAUAAGGAAAAAGAACCGCAUUUUGAGCAAAUCUUCUUUUGAAGCCAUUUUGGGAAUAAAAAAAAAAACGGGAAUGGGAUGUCAUUUUGCAAGCAAAAAUCUUCUUGUUUUUGAACUGUUCCCCUGUUCCUCCUUUUCGUUUCCCUUGCCAUUUAACUGUUUCGGGGAAUGGCUUGUAAAAGUUCCCCUUUGUUUUCCCCAAAACCUUUGUUUCCCUUGUUUCCCUUGUUUCCCUGUUCCCCUUUGUUUCCCCUUUUCCCCUUUUCCCCCCUUGUUUCCCCUGUUCCCCUUUGUUUCCCUUGUUCCCCUGUUAAUGUUCCCCUUGUUUCCCUGUUCCCCUGUUCCCCUUUGUUUAACUUGUCCCCUGUUCCCCCUGUUCCUCUUGUUCCCAUGUUCCCUAUGCUUCCCUUGUUUCCCCUGUUCUUCCUGUUACACUGUUAGGGCUUUCCACAAGUUGCUCGAGAUUUUCUAAAAGUUUCCCAUAAUUUCUCAAAAAGCUGCUCAAAAAAUAAAAAAUAUGCAAAUUGUACAACAAAAGUAAGAUUUCGAAGCAUUUUUGUGUAAUUUUGCGGCGUAACAAGCAUAUUUAAAUACCUUUAUCCUCAGUUAAAACCAAAAAAUGUAAUAAGCAAUAAAAUUGCUGAAUGACCUUCUUCACCCGAGACACUCAAGUCAGUCGAGUGUGACUCCUGGUGUGAAUCUUCGUCCACCAUUUUGAAUUUCUCUAAAACCCGCCGACUUAGCUGCCCGGCUACUUUUAUCUUGCGCCCAUGAUCAGCUCCAGGAAGGAGGAUUUGACCCCUUUUUUUACAGAAAAUUUUUGAAAUGGAAGAAAGGCCAAUUUUAAAAUGCCCUGAUAUCUCAAAAUUAGGAAUUGGAAACCAAAAAGUUUUAAUGAGCCUAUCCAAUAAAAUUGUUGAAUGACCUAAAUUGUGCAACUCCCGGUAAGCCCCCUACCUUGUAAUCCUUGGUAAUCAUUUGCAACCCUUUGUUACUCUUUGUAACCCUUGUAACCCCUGUAAAUGUAAUCCCUUGGAAGCAAAAGGCCAAGAUAAUCAAAAGAUUUUGAUCAAUUUAAACACUAAGGGAUUUAGUAAAAGUCAUUUGACUAACAGGUGCUCCAUCAAUUAUAAUCAAGUGAGGGGGAACUAUCAAACGUGCUUAGUCUUUGUCUUGAUCCAAUCAACAUAGACUCAGUUUUAGAUGCAUUGAGAAGGAGCUUGUUUGCAGGAAGCCUAUUGUUAACCUAGAGAGGUCUUCAUGGACAUUUUUGUCAAUACUGGAAACUGUAUUAGCAGCAAAGGCUAGAUGCGUAUCAUCAGCGUACAUUCGUGAAUGAGAAUUCAGUAAAUAAUUAGGUAAAUUAUUUUUAGAUAUCAAGAAUAGGAGCGGACCCAGUAUGUGUCCCUUGGGGAACACCGCACGUUGUUGGUCGACAGUCUGAGAGUGAACCAUUAAUAAAACAUCGUUGUUUUCGUCAAUCUAAGUAAGAUCUAAACCAGCUAUGUGAAAUACCGUCAAUACAGUAGAAUUUCAACUUUGAGAAGAGACUAUCGUGAUCGACAGUAUCAAAGGCUUUCUUAAGAUCUAAAAAUACAACUGCGGUUACAUUUCCCUGAUUUAUGUUGUACGCCCAGUUGUCCUCAGCUUCAAGAAGAGCGGUAGCAGUAGAAACCUGGUUGAAAACUCGAAAUAAGUUUAUUUUCGGUACUGCUCCAGAGUAACUGAAACUGUCUUUCAAAAAGUUUGCUUGGGGAAGAGGAAUAGCGUGAUUGCUGUUGAUGUCUCUUAUAGAGACACUAACCACCUAGGUAUAUAGGUAUGAAACCAAGAUGGCCGCCCGUACCAGUAAGCGCUCCAUUCUGAAAAAAAUAGGAGACCGUGAACAGUUAAGCCAUCUUGCGAUACAGAAACUUGUUUACAAUCAUCUCUGCUAUCUGACUUGUAGCAGCUGUUUCUAUCAAAAAGUUGCCUUCCAAACGUCUUUGCCUCCUAUCAGGAGCACUGGACGACGGUUUCUUUCACUCUCUAGGCUGGCCAGAGUACUUUUAGAUCUCUAGAAAUGCAUUCUAAGCGGCGCUAUAAUCUGUUUAUCUGUUCGGUCAUCGUGGGGUAACUUGAGUCUUUUCGUUUUUACAAGGGCUUCAAAACUAUUUUCCCGAAAUUUUUAGAUGUAAUUAAACGUACGAAAGUGAGAAAUUUACAGAUCCCUCUCCGUUACAUUUUUGAAUAGAAAAUUUUAGGUUUCCUUUUUUUCUACGAAAAAUAACCUAACCUGAGGAGUGAAAUGUGAAAAAUAAAACUUUAGAAAGUCGUAGGAAAUUUAUUAGAUACGCUUCGAAAAUUUUAGUACCUGAAUGGAACGGUCAUCUUAAAAUUUUUAGCCGUCCUUGUAAUAGAAAAUUCUAGGCAACAUCUGCCUCUCCGAACAGAUAUUUUACAGACAGUCGUCCUAAGCUGUCUUUCAUUAUCUGCUAACUUCUAAUUUUUAGCCUCCCCAUCAGGUGACCUUCUUGAAAUGUUAGUUUUUAAUACCAAAUUUUUCUUUCCUCUCUAUUUGUUAACUUCUAAUUUUAGGCUCUUACACCAGCUGGCAUUGUAAAAAGGUUAGAUUGCCCGAAAUAAGGAUUGCACUUCCUUAUUUGGUCUAAAAGGGUAUGUGCCGCCGAACAGAGUAUCACCAAGAGCCAUAAUGGGCUCUUGGUAUCACAUAAAAGCAAUUUGCCUCGAAGACAUCACAUAGACUCAACUGGAAAAACAAAGCGUACAAGUGAAACGUCUUAUUCAGGCUCAGCAAAUACUAAAAGUAACUUUUUUUGAAUUUUUUUUUUGUGCAAUAGUUUUCCAUGCUUGCAUGUCCGAUCAGAUCCGAUCAGAUAAAAAAAUGGACUAUUUGUUUACCUCCUGCUGGGAAGACACCAAAACUGUUAAGGCUUGAAACAUCACAAGUUCGAUGAUCACUGUGAUCUUAAACCUUUAAACCCUAACAUCAAAAUUUGAAUUCUCAUUUGUUGCCCCUAUUCCUUUCCUACAGAAGUAGUGGGGAGAAGUUGAUAAAAUAUCAAGCAAAUUCAUCUUGUGUGAUCAUGCCCCUAAUUGUCAUGACCACUCUGUUUGCAAAAAAUUGAUAUUAAAAGGAGAAAUUUGAUGCUGAUCUUAAGGCUUAAUUUUUGCAGUUGAGAAAAGAAGGCCUGAGAAAAAUUUUCCAGGCUUUCUUUUCGCAACUGCAAAAGUUACUUCUAUAAUUGGGAUGAUCUUCUUUCAUACUGAGGGAUAAACUUUGUCUGCGCCCAUAGCUACGAGGGGGGUAAUUCUUCUCCACCCAGUUUUAACCAGAUAAGAUGAAAGUCCAGUGCAAGAUUACUCUUAUAUCGCCGUUGUCCCUUUGAGAAAAAUGAGAGAUUCGGGAGAGGAGGGAUAAAUGUGAGAAGGGGAACAGAAAGACCGAUUAAGAAACCAUUAAGAAAGACACAUCAAGAAGAUGCUUACGAGAAUUCCACACAGAGCCACAAUUCGCACAGAGUUUUACAUGUUUUGGGCUAUGCUUUUAAGAGUUCUAUUCACCUCCAUGUAGUAUGAUAACUUGAACCGUACGAAACCCGGGGGGGAUACUCGACCAAUACUUGGGUGUAGGUGAGCCGCUGAGGUUUUGAAACGCUGACCCUGUUCGGGACAAAAAAAUUCCUAAAAUACAUACCCUGUUUAGGACAACACCCUCAAGUUUGAUACCCUGUUUAGGAAAAAGGACAAAAUACAGGCCGUCUUGUUUUACAGCCAUUUAGUGGCAAUUUCAAUACAGUAAAUUCACGAUAUAGUCAUUGCUUUUGUAUACUUGGAGUAAAAACAAAUUUCAUCUGACAAAUCAAAUCAAUCGUGCAGGCAAUACCCUGUUGACACACGCACAGGAAAUUAUAUACAGUGUUUUGGACAGACUCACCCGAAAUUCUAUACCCUGUUUAGAACAGAGAGGUGAAAAACUACACCCUGUCUAGCGGCACAUCCCUGGGGGAGGAACCCCUAUAAAAGUGACGGGGGUGCUCGUUGUAUCUUUUAAAAGUUUAAAUUUGUGGAUUGGUACCACUUAGGGCGCUAAAACCUAAAAUGACUGCUGCCAGAAUUGAUACGCUUUAUUAGGAUAAAGAUUUAUGACAACACUUUGAAAAAGUCCUUGACAAGAAAGUGUUCGAAAGUUAUUUAUUUGCAGUGCCAGUUAUAUAAUUUGUUGUUGUUGAAUUGGUGCCUCUUAGAGGUGGAAAUGAAUUUGGGACACACCCAUAAAUCAAGUUUCUGUUACGUUUUAGAAGUGUUCUCAAAAUUUUCCGACGAGAACCCCCGUCACUUUUAUGGGGGAGUACCCCGUGUGGGCACAUCCCCGUGUAGGCCAUAUCAGGGAGUACCCGCAGGAGCAUGACAGUACUGUUUUAAGAGCGUCCUUCAUAUAAUUUCGUCCUCAUAAACAAGAAUUAUAUAAUUGCUUAGUGCGACGCAAAGGUUCCGGACGGAAGUAAUCUAAAUUCAUGAGACAAUAAAUCAUCAUUCAAGCUACUGACAAGAAAAUUUCAAACGUACAAAGAAUUCUUUAAUACGGCUAUCAAGUUCGAAUUGAAUUGCAUGUGGUUUAAUACAAUCGUUAAAAGAAAAGUUAUAGUUUUAUCUUAACUAAAAUAAACUGGACACAUUAGUUCAACAUAAUGAGAAUUUGAUAUCCUUUCGCUUUUAUCAAUGUGAUAAUUUCUUUCAAUUUAGAAAUAUACGUGUGAACCUGAAGAAAACUUGACGGAAAUGGUGGCCUGGAUAUGAUCAAAAUUUUGGGAAUUUCGGCAAAAAUUGUGGAAUGAUCUUUUGCUUUCUAAGCCUUUAUACAUCCAACAAUAUAAUGAGUCAAAUGCAUAAGGAGAAAUUAGAGUAAUCUAAAAAUGUCUGAACUUAUACAAAAAACACAAGACGCAGUGUAGUAUUACAAAUAUAACAGUGUAAAUAUAGGGAAAAACAAGUCGCGAGGCUAAGGUUUUUGUUGUAUUUAAAGGUGUUUUGUUUCAGGUAUUUGAAAUGACAAUCCUUUUCCUUAAAACGAUUUCGAAAGGAGGAAUUAAGGACGCAAGAACGAGAAGUUUUAAAAACACUUUAUUGCGCUCGACUCCUUUGUCUUCUGUAUUGAAAAUAACUGAGACAAAUGCAGAGGAGGGUGGGGGGAGGGGGUGGGGUACUUUCGUGUUUCAUUACUGUACAGAUUCCGCGGUUUAGAGUUACCAGUCCUCAGUCGACACCGUAUAAUAGAAAUGAAAAUGUGCAGAACUAUAGCGGAAGAUAUGUCGAUUAUUUUGGUUCUAGACGUGUUGAUUCAAUACUAUAGCGACAUACGAUAAAAUACCAAAUGAAGUAGUUUGGAAUUCGUGAUAACUGUGGGGUCUUUUCUAUGGCGGAAGCAUUUUUGACUAAAAGUAGAUAUAGUUUUAUUUAGAAGCACCCAAAAAUGUCUUAACUAGAAAAUACUUGAAGCAAAAUAUGUUGCGUCACCUUAAGAAGCCAUUCCACAUAGAGUCUAAAGAAAAGUUUCAUUAUGGUAGAUUGCUCGAUUGUCUCCACGAUUUCAUUUCACGUGUAUUUAUCACGCAAACUUAACUUCUCUAUCGAUUUUCUGUUCUAUGUUUCCUUGUUGUUGUUAUCUAUUUAAUUUGCUUGCCUUUAGGCCGGGACAUCAUCCUGAAAUAUUUUGUUGUCGACCCAUAGAAAAUGGUUUGGUGAAACAGAGCUGAUUCCCCGACAUGGCAUGAAUUCAAACUAUGCACUUUUGAUCGAGUUAAAGCAAUCUUUUCUAUUUAGGUCGACAAAGGUUAGGAUUACUGUCUCAACUUUAGAAAAAGGAAAAAUACACGCAAAUACUAAAGGCUGUUUACAUGAAAAUUUGCGAAAGCUGAGCAUAGUACUUCAAAGUUUCUACGUUUCACCGCCGGUUUAAGGUUCGGAACAUUCUCCACCAAUACGCCGCCCCUGAUUUUGUGAACCGUUUAAAAAGUUCGCUAAAAAAUUGUAUAUGUUUGAAUACUGAAUGCACCCUUGUCGCCAUUUAUCAAUAAAACGUAGCUCGACGCAAAGCAUUUUUAAUGCAUUAAAACUCCUUUUUCCAGAAAAAUAAAGAAAAAGUGGUAUGAAUCGAUACAUCUUUGCCUUUGUUUCCGCAUCAUACUAAAUUAAAUCCUACUAGAUAAAUGCAAAAAUGCAACGUACGCUUGACCUCAGUGUGGAUAUGCAGUGUAUUCGUGCAGAAAGCCUUGGCCGAUUCCUGAAAAUAUGAUAGUUGAGCCUAGCGUAAAAUGGAGUGCUAUGUCCUGUUUUAAUUGGUGAACGUCACAACUCAUUUAGAAUUAUAGGGACCAAAUUGUUUUUGUAGUGAGGGAAAAAUUUGUCGAUUUGGGUGCGAAAUAAGCGGAAAAGGUCCAAGAAAGAAGUUGAACUUGGAACGUGCAGGUCCGUCCGCUAACCCCAGUAUUAAGCUAGCUAGAACAAUAGAUUUUGCGUUAAGCGGAAAUUCCAUGGAAUACGGCUUUUGCCACAGAUUUUCUCGCCGCCGAAAUAUACAGCUUAAACAAACACGAAUAACUUCUAGAACUGACAAAUAGAAAUACCUUUUUAGGGUGUCCUAUUAAGCUUAGCUGAGCGAACGAGAAGUGCCAAUAACUAAGCCCUGUAUGUAAACGUCGUAAUCCACGUGCUAUAAACAUAAUGUAAGGUGUUCCUAAGGCAUUAGAACAACUUGAUCUUGUUAUUUCGUUAUUUUUUGGUAACUAAUUUUAAUCUUUUCAAACGCCUAUUUCAGUAAUGUUAUUUGCUAGUUGAUUUUGUAAAUCAAGUUUUCUGAUUUAGGAAAUGAGAUUUUUGCGUUUUCAAGUGCGCUUUUCUAUCUUUAAGAUGCGUUAUUAAAUUAAGUGUCUCGUUUUGAUUUGGUAAAUGCGAUCAGGUGCCCUCUUUCUUCUCGAAAAUUGAUGCGAUAUUUGUUUUUAAAACACCUUUUGACCAGGUUUUGAAUGUUAAUCUGGCGUUUUUAUAAGUUAAGUUAGGCUUCUCAUUUAUGGUAAUUAAACGGAUAUAUAAGGGCACAACGUACAAGUCAGCCGAAAUAUGAUUCCGAACUGACGACAACUUCAUGGUAUAAGGCGAAACAGUUUUGGCAUAAAAGACAAUGUUUUAUUCCUAUACGACAAAUAUGGCGUCACCAUAGUGACUUCAUGCGACACGACGUUCCUUUCCUUCAAAUUUACGUGGAACGCUGCAUCUGAGACACCCGUGAAUUAGAGAUUGUUCGCAGGAUACUAUAUUUCCUUGAUGAGUCAAACUGCAAAGCAUACUACUUCCAUGGUAGGUGAUUUAGGGCCUGUCUCAACACUAACGCUUUUUCAAAAGUAUGCGUUUUCCGUGUCAUCGAGAGCGCAUCGAUCGAUUCGCGUCCACACUACCGUUUUGAUGCGUUUUCGACUGCCCCACAUAAAACGUUUGAAAACGAUAGAAUUGCAGGUUGUGAUGUAAGUUCAACUCUUUGCGCAUGUUACAGACAGAAUGAAAACUACAGGCGAACCUCUCUAAUACGGACACCGAAAGGACAGAGUGAAGAGUCCGUAUUUGAGACGUGUCCGUAUAAAAGUCACUAUGAUUACGUCACUUUAUAACUCCGCUUACAGUUUUGAAUGUUCAGUAGCUAAAACCAGGUUCCCACUCGUAUUUAAACUGCAUUUUAAUUCACAGUACAAAGACACUGUCUUUCAGUAGCAUACAACAACAUGAUACAUCUCAGCUACAAAGUAAGUGCAGUCGUAGACAAAUCACUGUUUUAAAACGAAACGAGCUACAGCGCAAUGCUGCAUGUAAAAGUUGUAAAGUAAAGCACAAUUCUGAGAGCGUCUUUCGCUAUUUUCCAAGUGCAUUAAACAGUAAAUAGAGUACAAAAUGUAAUAGAAAAGAUCUUUAUGCUAUCUGUAGUUAUUCAAGCCUUAAAAAGUCGGUUAUGUUCCUCUGUACACCUUUCGCAUCUCGUUAUUUGAUAUACAGCGACUGAGCUUUUGAAAUCACCUUGCAUAGCUCAUCAGCCAGACGGGAUUCACCCUGUGCAGAUUCAUCUGAUUAGGAUUCGGGCGGGAUUCGGGAUUCAUCCGAUCACUGCAGUGUCCGUGAUAAAGAGGUUAAGUUUAUGUGAAUUUACUCUCUUGGGCCGUUGUCAGUCCGGGAGACUGAGUCCGUAUUAUAGAGGUUUUUUAAGAAAAAAUAUGUGAGAAUUUUAUCGGGAUCACAUUGGAAACUGUCCGUAAUGGAGAGGUGUCCGUAUUAGAGAGGUCUCCGUACCGUGAGGUUCGACAGUAUCUGGGUUAUUCAGUAAAGUCCUUGUUAUUAUACACGCCCCUGCGAUAUUUUCGGUCAUCGUUUUCAUUUUGAUCCGUUUUCGACCGUCGCAACAGACGAUAUGAAGCAUUUUCAGUGCCUACCUUAAAUGAUCGAUUAUGCGCCGCGGCGCUUAUAUCAUUUUCCCUGUCAUAGUGUGCGGCGCUUAUACGAGAGCGGCGCUUAUUUCAUCUACAGGUAAAACACUGAGAGAAAUAUAGAGAGAAUUAAAUGAUUCGCGUACUAGCUAUGCACAAUUUAAUAUAGAACUGUUAUAUGAACCUGGGUUCAGGAGAUUCCAACUUUAGAACUCACGAGUGGGUCGAGAUCUUAUCUCUCAAAAGAGAUGGUUUUGACAUCUCUUUAUAUCAAGCGCAGUAACAAAGGUGGGGCGUUUAUUGCGCCGCGGCGCGUAAUCAAGAGCGGCGGUUAUCAAAUUAUUUUCGGUAAAGGUAGGGCACUUAUUCGAGAGCGGCGUUUAUUCGAGUAGCGGCGCUUAAUCGCUUUUUUACGGUAAGUGUGGUGUUAAAUAACAAAAUUUUGGAAUGUAAUUUUUGCAAAGACAAGAUUUAGCUUUUCAGAAAGAAAGCGUAUAAUAUAUACAGGUCAAAAUCGGGGAGAGAAACGUCGGCUCUCUCCUCGAUUUUUUCUGAGGGUCUUGGGGGCGGCUGUACACUGGCUAGUGGUCACUCACGAUCACUGGAAGUAGUCGCAUACCAGAGCUUCAACUGUAGUGCUGGGAAACCGAAUUUUGGUGUUUCGAUACGUGGUCGCGCGCACACGGAAGUUUAACCGUAAUGAAACAUUGAACAACUUGUAAAAGAUCAAUGGCAGUUUGAAAGUACUUUUCUUGUGUUGUCUAGCUCAGACAAGGUCCCGCAAAGUAUGGUCCUCAGAUGGAUACUCCUGGGUCGAAAGAGCCUGCUUAAAAGAAUCUCGACUUAAGUCAUUGCAGUAUAGGGUUGUCAAGGGUCUGUACGGAUGGUCAAAUUAUAUGCCCAAAAUCACAGUCAAAAAACAAAAUUCUGUCUUCAGUGAAAUACAGAGUACAAAGUUUAUGCUUGCGUAAAAUGCGUGAAAGAAUGCACGUAACCAGGAAAAAUUUACGACUGAGCUUGAAAAUUUAAGUCACCCAUCAAGAAAGCCGCCGUCAAACCAAACAGAAUUAAAACCAGUUUAUUAUCAUUUCAUUCUGUCACGAGAGGAUUAAUUCUUCCUGAACCUUUCAACAAUAUCUAGGCUGCGCGUGCCGAGAUGAGAUUGCUUUCUAUGCCGAAGGAAAAAAAAGUCUGCAUUCCUGUAUGUGGUGAGAUCUCCUGCCAGGAGUCACGAUGAGCGAAAAAAACGAGACCCUUUUCGAAUAGAGCAAGCCCGCCAAAGUCGCAAGCUUCUAGUGGGGUCCGGUGUAUUCACCUCCGCGCUGGAAAGUCUGUACUGUGAUCGAAAAUUAAACAUGAAGUAUCAUUUCCUUUAAUUCUUAAAACUGCAGUCGUGUUUGUUCAAACGGUAAAACUGGUUUGGUCCUGCGACUGCUUGUGUGAUAGACGUGACGUACGGAGGAAAAAGAAAAAAAAGGUCACUGAUCAGCAACACGGACAUUUACAUGACCUUAUUUCUGCGGUAUUCAUGCAAAUGUCGUGCCACACCCCAAAAUUUGCAUUUUCGUUCCCAGCAUCACUCUCUUCAUUACUUUCUAUGUCACAAACUGUAACACUCCAUCUACUCCUUGACAUUGAUCUUUGUAGGAAGGUAGACUGGCGGGUUAAAAUACGCCAUACAGUGUCAGAAUUUUGAGAGAUCGUGUUGAAAAAGGCUGAGGAAGAACGUGAACUUUGGUUUCUAAGGCCCGGUUCAGACGCCGCUCCACUCAUGUGCCGAACCUAACUUAUGAAGUAAGUACGGCAAAAGAGCGGCGUCUGAAUCAAUUUGGUACGGCAGUUUUAGUUUGGUGCGGCAAAAGCGUUAAGUUCGACAGAGUCUGUCGAACUUAACUUAGGUUCGACACACGGUACGCCGUCUGAAUCAGAUGUCGCGCCAGUGUCGCUCCAAAGUCGAACUUAUUCAGUUAGGUUCGGCACAUGAAAAGUACGGCCUCUGAACCAGGCCUAAGUAAUAUGAAAAAUCCUUUCUGUUACUGAAAAGACUAAAAAAAGAUUAAAACAGCAAAACCAAACUGUAAACCAAUGAGUUCAGUGGCCCCCUAAAAAGUGGAAAAGAGAUUUGAAUCAUUCAGUGAAAAAAAGACGUAAUUGAAGAAAGCAGAGCCAACUGAUCCUCAAAGCGAAGAGAGAAAGGAAAUCCAAAACAAAGCUAAAAAAUUUCUUGUAUUAAUUGCAUUUUGUCUUUCUGGUUUGAAACUGGAACUUUUCGCCGGGGCUAAAGUUCUCUUUUGAGACCAUGAAAUAAGAAAAAAAAUCAUUUCUUCAUAUAUUAUUUCUCUUUGCUCCAUGAUUUACUCACUGUAGGAGUACACCUUAGAAGAAAGGAAUCUUGAUUCGCACAGAAUCGACACGUGUCAGCCGUUAAUUUUGCCAUUCGGCGCGUGCUUUUGCUAUGUACUUAAAUAAUCCGAUCCUUGAGGUACAAUAGGAGACUCUCAGGUUGUUAAAUGAAGUGCACCCCAGCAAAAGGGUAUUGUUUGUUCUGGUGUGUCGGUCUACUUUAUACGUAUCUCACCUCACGUACAAAUCACAAAUAUCGAGUUUAAAGGAACAAUUCUGUAGGUCUUCUCGGUGAUUUUUUAUUUACAAUCCACAGGCCGCACUCUAAUCAAAAUAUUAACACAAAAAACAAGCAACUUCUGCAAAAUUUCAACAGUGUGCAAAUGGAAGCAAGCACGACGCCACCGAGUCUGUGAAUGUUAUUGGAGUGGCAGAGUUCUAAAAUGACUAGUUUUCGCGUUGACCUAAUCAAAGACUUUAUUGAUAACGCGGUGUAAUCACCACAGCUGUAAAAAACAAAACUUGUUCCGAGGAAAGCUGGCGCUCCGUGGCCAACAAUGAAGGCGUUUUUCAAAGCGGAAAUUGGCUUUAAUGGACUGCUAAAAUCUUGAAUGCAAAAAUUGCAAGCUCUCAUGCGGCUAGCAGCAUAAAGGGUGUUUAGGCACAAUACAACACCAUCCCGAAACGAUUAUCUGACUGUCAACUGACUCAACAAAAAAUAACUGACAUUAAUUGAUGGCGGGCGGAAAUAGCCAUGCUCUGAGUGCAAAAAUUAUAAUUGCAGAUAUCACGUGACUUGCGACAUGGGCCGAAAAACCGACGGAUAUUUAUUACAUUUGGGAUUUUUACUCAUUUCUUGUCGUUAUUUAUUCAUGGCUGAUCUUAAAAUAGUCGAGGAAAUCUCCAGCAAACUUAAGCCUAGCAAAAACGUGCUAACCAAAAUAGAGACCGCACCGCGUGCAAAAAAAUUUUCGUGGUAUGAGAACAAUUGCAAUGCAUGCCCUGGUCAAUAAAAACGAUCUUUUCAACUAAUCUUUCCACUUGUACAAGUUACGGAAUUUCUCAAUUUUUGCGGCGUUUACUUCGGAGAGUCACCUUUGGAUUAGUUCUCUGUCAUAAAGCUUUUAGUCUCGCGGAUGUUGGUCUUUGACGUUCAAAAGAUAAAAGAUAGCUGUAAUAUUGUUCUUUUGGCCGCGUGUGUGGUCCAUAGGUGCCUAAUGGAAGGCCACUCUCGGAACGAUAGACGCUCCCAGCCAAUCAGAGACGUGCUAGGGUGACGUUGAACAAGGGUAGCUGCGCGGGAUUAGUUUUCAUGCUGGAAUUGACAACGGAGAUCGGCUUUCACUAACUGAGGGAAUGUUCACUGCGAGCAAAGUGAAUGACUAUUAACGUGGAUUAUGGCUUGAGAACUGCAUAUUUCGGGCUGUUGUUGGUUUCAUUGCAAUCGUGGUAACGUUUAAGGUGGAAUUUCAAUGCUCUUUGGCGUGCCUCGAAGACUCGAGCGAGCGUGUUUUGAGAAACAAUCGCUAAGCUAAGAUAAAGUUAGAAGCCCGCGUGGUCGUCGGGCUAUCUUCAUUAUGAAUGCUUUUUCGUCGCCAAAUUCAACUUGGGCCAAAGAUGCAAUUCGAGAAAUCGACCAGGUGAGCGAACAUUAGUAAUCCAGUGUUAUUUUGCGGGGCAGUUCUCCUCUAUCUUGUGUCCGAAUCCUAAUUUUAUUGUUAAAAUAUUCUGUUGAUCAACAGUAUUGUUUACAUUACUUCGUAUAGAUUUCGCGUCAAGCUGAAAUCUAGGAGAUUUUCCUAUGCUUCUAUGGCUGCCGAAAGCCUUCAGUAUCCGCAGAUAUCCUCUAAAGUUGAAAAUUGCUCAACUUUCAAAAUCUGCGUCGCCAAAUUUCGCAAAAAAUCGCUGUGUAGGGGUAGUGUUUUCCGUCCCGAUAAACGAAGCGCUAUGAGGGAGGUCGCAAGCUUGUCCUACGGCAUUUUGACCUUGGUGUUUUAAUGCGACUUAACAGAAAUGUCGUUGCGGACGCUGGUACGGUCGAAAACAAAUUACCAUCAGAAGAUUUUAACUUAACACCUCAGAGAGGUUUAUUUUGGACGUAAUGCGCUUCUAUUGUGGUUUGCAGUCGGGUUUUUCUCUUUCCGAUAAUAGAAAGGCCACCAAGUGUCUUCGAGGGCCAGACAAAACUGAGGCUCAUAGCGAUUUCCUUCUUCUACUUCCUUCAUCUUCGUUAUAACGAUUUUAGACGAAGUCUUUGAAGAUCUGUUUUGUAAUAUUAGAUAGGCGCCGAAAUAAUUUCACUUCUGUGUCGGCUUGGCUUUUUUGUUGACUUUUUUGACGUCGAACAACAAAAGAUCGUAUUCCGGAUUGAUUUGCUCUGAAUAAACCGAUCGGGCGACAAAUAGCUGGUUGAGAAUCUGUUGCGAGUUUCGGUUAUUACAAUACUCUCAAAUACCUAUCACUUUGUCGGUUCUUGUUUGUUCCUUAAAGAGGUUUAAAUUGGAUUUUGUAAGCUAGCACCACGCAAAAGAUUUCACCAUUCUGUGAGCUAGAUUCGCCUCGCCCUUACUAAAUUUGUGGUUGUUAUGCUUGUUAAGUCCCUCUGGCAAGCCUGCCAGAGUUGGGUGGUCUUUAUAAGCACGUGCUUUUCUCUCUUGCAAGAUAAAUACUACCGAAAAGUAGCACAGAAAUAUUAGAAGCUCCAACUAAAAUGUUAAUUUAUUGAUGUUUACUAGUUUCGUAAACGAUAUUUACUCAUGGAGUUAGUUAAACUUAAACGUACGCGCUAGCUUAUCUCUUUAAUCUUAAAAAAUGAAAAAUAAUCACGUAGAAGCAGGAAGGCCGAGAAAUUAUUUUGGCUUUUACGCAAAACGUUUAUUAAUAUAUCUCGUUGUUUUCAGGGACAUGCCAGGGGCAACAGAAAGGCUUUGGUAGUCCGUUCGAAACUUCAAACCGUGUUCAGAAAAUUUGGCCGGUUCACUCAGAGCCACUGCGCCCCAGUGAUUUUGGUUGGGUUUAUUCCUCUGAUCAUUUGCGCGUUUGGUUUGACGAGAGCAACACUAGAAACAAAUGCAGAGAAUCUUUGGAUUGAAGGUAUGUUGAGCACUUUAGACCCAAAUUUUUUGUUCUGUGGUUCUAGACAGAGAGCUCUAGCUGACAUGAUCAAUAAGCUAGAUAUGUGGUGACUUUUACUGCCUUGUAGUAAAGUGGCCGAUGACAGUUUUAAGCAUUUUUUAUCAACUGUUCCCGUAAGAUGGACACCUACCUAAAAUGAAAAAGCAAGAGUUGGUCCUUUUUUCCUGGACAGCUCUUUUCCAGGCACUGGUAAACAAGUUAUCACAUUGUUGGGAGGGGGGAGGGGGGGUGGUUGCUGGGGUUAAUUUUUGCUGGGUAUGUGCCACUUGCCUCUCAGAGCCCUUCCCCAUUAUAGUCUAUUCUGUGGCCAAUUAUAGACCCCGUCUUAGUCACUUUUGGACAAAUAUGUAAUUUUUGUGAUCCCUACUUAGUCACUUUCUAUUUUUAUGAAUUGACCUUUUUUAGAUUGAGUGAAGAUCACUUUACUUUUCAUCUGCAGUACAAACAUUCUGCUACUUUUGCUAACCAUAAAUUAAAUAUGAAGCACUUUCUUACUCCAAAAAAUCUGAAAAAUAUGGAACACCAUUCUAGUAACUCUAUUGAAAAUGAGACCCCGUUAUAGUCAAUUCAGUCAUGAAAAUGCGACCCCAUCCAGCGGCACAUCCACAUUAGCCUCUUAUAAGGAAGUACCCACCCCUCCCCCUCAGGUCACAUUGACACCAAAAGCUACCACAGUUAAUUUUUGCAGAAACCAAGAUGAACACCUGUGGGACUGAGACUAGUAUUUGUGAUAUAUCCCUUUAAGUCCCGACAGUGACCAACAUCAAUUUUCUCCUAACAAUAUCCAGUAAUUGUCAAGAGAUACAGUUAUGAGAAUUAACAAAUGAUCACCAAAGAGAAAAUACCUUGAUCUGUUAUUAAAUUCUCUCGAUUGAUUCUUAAAGGAAAUGUAUGGAGAUCAGUUUGGAGAAUUUGUAUGUUGAUAUUGGGACUUAAAGGGAUAUUAGGGUGCAUGCGUUUGGGUGGAUAUGGAUCAAGAUUUAUGAUUCAAUAUUAAUGGUCGUGAUGAAUCAAAGGAACCAGUCAAGGACUCAUUGCUAUCUUUGAUUCCUUAACCCUUUAAGUCCCAGUAGUGACCAACAUCAAUUUUCUCCUAACAAUAUCCAUAGAUUGUCAAGUGCAACAUCUAUGAGAGUUAAUCAAAUGAUCACAAAGAGAAAAAUCUCGGAUCUUUAAUCAAUUUCUCCCAACUGAUUCUGUAUGGAAAUGUAUAGCGAAUUUGUUUGUGGAUAUUGGGGCUUAAAGGGUUAAGGUCCAGGUGAUCCUUGAUCAUAAACCUUGAUCCUCAUUGCCCCAAAGGAAUGCAUACUCAGGAGCCAUUUAUAUAAGGCGAGCCAGCAUGGUGAGCCAGGCAGGCCUGCUUGACUCAUACCUUAUUUCCUCUUAAAAAUUUUAUGUUAAUAUAAAAUAGCAGGCCAGCUGACUUACCGAGAUACCUUUUGGCCAGCAGGUAGGCCAGCGCUCCAUUUAACAUCAAAAAAAUUUUGGAGGAAAAAUUAGUAGAAAACAAAUCUUUGACAAAGUAGGACAUUAUUUUAUAGUCAAGCCUACCCCCAGAAUCCACUGAUUAAUGAAUUUAUUUUUGCAAAAGUUGGAUUUGUUUGUUGUUGUAGAUUUCAGAUUCAUUUCUACAUUCCUACAUGUGUAAUGAGCAGUGAAUUUACACGCGGAAUGAAUUUCUGCGAGCUCAGUUUUUCUUGAAUUUGAUGUUUUUAAAGCAAUUUUGUCCGUUCUAAGAUUUUUUAAUAUGACCGCUUGCUCAAAAGUGUUCAUCAAAAAUUCACUGCUCAUUCUGCAUACAGGAAUGCAGAUUUCAACUUGAUAUUUGUUGUGGCAACAACUAACAGAUUUGUUUUUCAAAUAAUCGAUUCAUUAAUUGAAUCUUGGGGGGUACGCUUGACCUGGUGUGACUGUAAACUUCUUUAUUUGUUGUAGACAAAGAGCACAUUUUUCUAAGAUACAAUUGUCUUUCAUGAAAAAAAAAAACUGUCACUGGCAAUUGUUUUGAAUGUCAAGUACAUACGUUAAGUAUGGUCCUUUGUAGUGUCCCUUUAGUUUAUGUUGUAAGUGAUUAAAUGUGUGUAAUGUAUGAUGCCAGGUAGGCUUUAUCACAAAAAAAUACAAUAUUUCUAAUUCUGGAGAGUCGAGCUCUUACAUGAAAUUACACAGUAAACCUUUUCCUAUUGAAAAAAAGAUAAAGAAAUGGAGUGGGCCACCUGGAAGUAAAGACGAUGUCAUGCCCUGAAUUAUGCUGUGUGUAAUAAAAGAUGGUUCUUAAUGUUACAUUGUGUAUGACAGGGUUCAAAAUGAACUUUUUCUACGAGCUAAGAAAGAUUUGAUGGAGAAAAAAUGUUCCAUGGGGAAAAUUGAGGUCACCAAAAGUUAUUUCCCUUUCUUUUUCAGUAAAACAACUAGAAAUAUAAGCCCCUACAUUGUAUUAAUUAGAUUUACAUGACCUCAUUUAAAUAAUCUCAUAAGUUAGUUGUGUGUUGAUUUCCUGUUUUUUGUAUAUAUUUUUAUGUAUGGUCAUAUUUAAGCUGCACAAGGUUAAGGUGGUUGCUAAUUUGACACUAAUGCAGCAUUUUUGGCAUCUAGUACCCAUUUUUACUUUUCAUCUUCUCAAAAUGCUUACAGAUAAGCAAACAUGUUUAUGGCUUCCGUCUAGUCCAUAUGGGGUGUGAAAGUCGCUUGGAUUUAGCUCUCUGUUUUUGAAAUUAUUUUAAUUUUAUUAUUUGUGCAUUGGAUUGGAGCCAACUUUAAAGCAGAUGCAUGUGAUUACAAUUUCCAUCUUUUGCAUCCAACAGGUCAUGAUUCUAAUUUAGCCUUUAGUGCUGAAAAAUGCUUGUCAAUUAAUCUCCUUAAGUGAAGCUAAGAUUGUUAAUAGACGCCACUUCUUUAGCUGAGGAGCAACACUUUAGCUUUAUAUUGCAAGAGAAUUAACAGCAGAUAUAGAAUUCCUAAACAACUGGAAUGAUUUGAAUCAUGUGUACCUUUAUCGUAAGCUUGGUGUUGAAUUUUCUGCUAGAAUCCCGUUAAUGAUGUUAAAUCAGGUUUUAAGAAGCGUGGAAUUUCCUGUCUCAAAGUAAAAAAAUAUAGAUUAACAAAAUUGCUUUCAUGUUCCUGUUUCAUCAUGGGACAGUUACCUUUUUCUUGCAUCCAGGUUUUGGCUGUGUUGUUUACUUUGUACAUGUAAAUGCUUUGUUUUGGAGGUGGAUGCUUUGAGGAGGUACUGACCCUUGGCAAAAAGCAUCAGCUCAUUCGUUCAGAAAAGUCAGUGACCAAUUUCUCUGAAUUUGAGGAGAGGCUCUUUCAAACCCUGUUGAUGUAGUCAAUUACUCUACUGAAGUCACUACUGCUUACUGUACCUCAAGUUUUACUGAAACCCCUUAAAACAUAACAUUAAAAAAACCCAACUGUCUGGAAGUAAACAUGAGGUGGCAAAAUCAGCAGCUUAGAACUACCUAGCAUGGCGCAAUGCCACAACCUCUGCGCUAGCCAUAGCCUGAGAAAAAAAGCUCAGAUCUGGGUAGUGACACGUCAUCAAACAACAACUUUAUGUAUUUCAAACUGUUUGUUACAGAAAUAAAUAAUACACAACCUGCAAAUGAGGCUCUGCAUGUAAGGGUAAAAUUCUGAAAAGCAACAUGACCUUGAAACAGUGACAUAUAUAGGGCAGCAGAAAUGGCGACAAACGACAAAGAUGGGUUGAAAUUGCAAAUACAAUAGUAAAAUACCAACAGCGACAUGGCAUCCUCCUCAACCCUUUAAGCCCCAGUAUCCACAUACAAAUUCUCCAAACUGAUCUCCAUACAUUUCCUUUAAGAAUUAGUUGAGAGAAUUUAAUGAAACAUCAAGGCAUUUUCUCUUUUGUGAUCAUUUUUUAUAUUCUCACAACCUUAUCUCUUGACAAUGUAUGGACAUUGUUAGGAGAAAAUUGCUGUUGGUUACUAUUGGGACUUAAAGGGUUAAUAGGCGAAACGGUAGGUUUUGAAAUUGAGACUAGGGACAUAUGUAACCUCCAUAAGAAGGCCUCGUAACUAGCAAAGGCCAUUUGAGGCGUGUUGUGAAAAAUAAUUAGGUAGAUUAGUAAAAAAAAAGAAUGUAAAGAAAACAAGUGUCAGUAUGGAAUUUCUGCAGUUGUUCUUCAGAUGUCAAAAAAUGUUGGCUGUUUUCUCAGCCUAAACAACCCUCAACCUCAACUUAGUCUAGUCUGAUGUAUUGACCAUUUUGCCAUACAGCUUCCUACAUUUCUGCACCAUUGUAAAUAAUGAAGUUAACCAUUCCUGUUUGUUAUCGUAGUGGGUGGCAGACUGGAAGAGGAGUUAAAAUACACAAAGAAAUCUCUUGGAGAGGGAUAUGGCGGAACAAAUGAGCUCCUUAUACAGACCCCAAAUGAGGAGGGGAUCAAUAUUCUUUCUGUGAAAGCAAUGAGGCAACACUUGGAUGCUGUGACAAGAGCCACAAAUGUUACUGUGGAAUUAUUUGACCAGUAAGUACAUCACAGUGUUUUAACCCUUUAAAUCCUUCUAUCAAAAUUUAAAUUCUCAUUUGUUGUCCCUAUACAUUUCCUAUAGAAGUAAUACUAACAUUUGGAUUUUGAUUUGAUUCAUGCUUUCAACUUAUUGUGUCACUCAUCUUGCAGUGAAAUUGAAAUAGUUUCUGUCUGGAAUAGUUUCCAGUUGGCACUUUCUGACAGACUCACAGGACUGCUGAAGAUAAUUUCACUUACCCACAGGGCCUCCAAACUUCUACUUUAACUUGCCCAAAAUCAAAAUUUACUGGCCCUGGGCAAUCUGACCUGGGUUUUUCCCUGCCCUGCCUUGUAUUGAUUAUACUGAUGAAAUUAAUUUACAGAACUUGGACAUUGAAGGAUAUAUGCUACACUUUGAGCCUUCCUCCUAUGAACAACCAUUUGGAUUAUGUAAGUUAUCAUGCAUCAUUUUUAUUAAAAUAUGAUAUGGCACCAAGGUGUGUAUCUGAGUUAUUCAGGAUCAAAAGUACACACCAACACCAAAAAAACUGUGAUUUUGAACUACACCGCUUUGAUACAGUGGUCUAUGGGAAGCAUUUGCUGCACUACCAAGGACCUUUUAUUUAAUUAAAGGUCAAUGGUGAGCUAAGAAAAUUAACAAGCUUCAAUGCAUUCAGUAAACAUAGAUGUGGUGUGGACCUUUCAAGCCAUAUAGAUAAUGAUAGUAACUGCUGUGACCUGUGUAAAUUCUGAGUCAUGUAUGUUUGUAUAUAGUUUUAGGUUUUAGGUAAGAUCAUUAAUUUAAAAAUCAUGUAAUAGAUUAGUGUGCCAGUACUUAGAAAAGUGUCUCCAAUUAGCUAAUUGUUAAGCUAAAUACAUUGACACUAAAAUAAAUUUAUUAUUAUUAUCAUCAUGUGGACUGGGUCAGUAGUAACAAAAUAACAUGAAAUGUCUGGACAUGCCAGUAUUCAACAAAGGUUAGUGUGGGUUACUCAGGGCUCAAAAUAACCACCAGUCAACAGACAAUGUCUGGCCAGAAUGGGGACUUGAUCAGCUGAAACCUUCACUCAACAUACAAGGUCAUGCAGAUGUAGAACAUGCUUAAUGUUUAUUCAAUUAAAAAAACAACAAAAUCAUCUCAACUGUAAAUCUUCAAUUUUGUCUCUGUAAAAAUACAUUCACAUUCACGAAGAGAAAAUCACACAAACGUAAAAUAAAAAGACUGAAGAAUAGUGUAGACAAACUCUCAGUGUCCAUUUUAGGGAGCUGUUAAUUGAUUAAUGACAAUUGCUUGUUCUCUUGAAUAAAUGUGUUACUUGGCUUCCUCUACUUUUAUAGUAUUGUCAACUGUCCCAGUUGAAAGACGCUCCCUAAAAUGGACACCCCGUGCAUUCUUCAUUAUUCUCCAGGCUUUUUAUGUUACUCUCUAGAUCAGAUGAAUAAAGAACAAAGCUGGACCUUAAAACUGCUUUGCUUAUGAAUUAAAGGGCAAAUUUGAAGUAAUAUCGAUAUCAAGAGUUAUCUGGGGCCUUUUCCCAUGCACUUCUUUACUUGUAGUAAGUUGAUUCAGGCUUAGCUAUUUUAGGCUACUAACAGUUUGAUAUGGUGAACACUCUUUGCAUGAAGUCCUUUUCUUCAUCAUUGUUCAACAGCUCCUUCCCCAACUUUUGCCAUGUGUUAUCAUUACACCACUGGAUUGCUUUUGGGAGGGUGCCAAACCACUUGGGCCAAAGGAACUAGUGAAUCUAGGGUAAGUUACACUUUUGCAUAGAUUAUUAUGGAAUAGUGGAGGCGUGUGUGGCCGGGUGGUUGACACCUCUAACGGAUCUGGAGGUCCGGGGUUCAAGCCUCGCCUGUAGCAUUGUUUCCUUAGACAACAAACUUUAGUCCUCUUUGUCUCUCUUCACCCAGGUGUAUAAAUGGGUACUGGCGACAUACUAGCUGCUAGGGGGUAACCCUGCGAUGGACUAGCAUCCUGUCCAGGGGGGAGUAGCAAUUCUCCUAGGUGCUUCAUUCUAAUGAAACUUGGACAAGCUCCAGCCGUUUGGGCCUUUGGCUCGUUUGCAGCUUCACCUUUUUACCUUUUUUUAUGGAAUACAAGCAAUUUUGCUACCGUACCCUACAGGGUCUGGCAGGGGUGUCCCUGAUCCUGCAUUCUUGCUCCUUUUUUGCAACAAUCCCUCCUCCUGAACUUCUGUAAUCUCCACCUCAAGUACCAUUUUCUUUCCCAAUACCAAAUCCUGUGCCAAGAUUUUGUUGAAUCCUGCUUUCCAAGUAUCAGUCAAAUCCUUUCCCGAAUCCUGCACUGUAUUUUGGCCAAAUCCCGGAUCCUGAAGAUACCCUUCCAGACCCUCAUCCUAAGCUACAAUUGGCAACAAAAUUAGUUGGACACUUUUUAAAAAGAGAAAAUAACGCUCUCCCUCCUCCAUCACGUCCAUGCAAUGUUGUGCUGCUGGUCGAGCUACCUGACAACAACAACAAACACCCAAACUUGGAAUGGAGGGGGGUAGGGGACGGAUGUGGAUUUUUUGGUUCUCCAAAGUUACAUGUACCCCAUUAAAGGACAAAGUUUCAACAAUUUUCCUGCCAAUUGUAGGUAUGGAAAAAAAUGUAGAAACUCUUAUCUUGAUCUCAAAUUCCAAUGAAUAUAAUAUCCUAUUCUACUCGAAAACCCUAACACUUCCAGUGGCGAAUUGAGAGGAGCCCCCCCCCACCUUUAUCUCGAGGUCUGGAUCCGGCACUGCAUUUCUACACACUAUCAGAAACAAAAUGGCUUGAAACUCCACCCCUUGCAGUGGCACAUGUCCACAUCCCUGUAUCUGUGAUCUAUAACUGAACAGUUACGCUGCAAAAUGGAUCCAUUUGAACAUUCUUUACAAUAAACAUACAAAACUGAAAAGUAGUGUUCAGGGCUGUCAAUAAGGACCGGUUAGCUGGCCAAAACCGCUGGCUACUUUCAUCUCCUUCUACCAUAACUGCAACAAAAAAUAAGCACCAUCAAAUAAAGUUGCAAAGAAUCUGUUUCCCAGUUUUGAACAAUGUUUUGAACUCAUAUUCUAACAGGUUUAGACCUGUGAAAUGUUUGAACCGUAGAGAAAUUUGGACGACAUUGUUCCCAGUCUUGCGUGCAUUUUGACGAAACAACAUGGCGUCCUCAAUAGGAAACACCUCUUGAAAACCACUGGAAACGCCAUUUCUGAGGCUGUAAUUUUUUAAAUGUGCCUAGAUGCCUUGGCUGUCAAGAACGUGCACCUUUGGCACGAGUUCCAGAGCCUCCUAGUAUUCAUUAUCAGCCUGCUACUUGAAAACUUUUUGACAGCCCUGAGUGUUUAGCACAUUGCAUAAUAUGGGAUAGUAAGCCAAAGGAGUAAGGUUGUUGUGAAGCAAGAUCCAAACGCUUGUUUUACAGGCCUCUUGGAUCUCUGAAGUGGACCACUAUUAACCCAGAAGAGCUUGUAGAACUAAUGCAGUCCUCCUAUUCAGAUGACCAACUACCUUUUAAUUUAGCAGAAUUAUCAGGACUGCUUAAAGAGGUGGGUGUGAGAAAGAGUAACUCAUUUUGCCUGGUACAGUGAAACUCUGCUUAAUGAACCCCGCUAUAACAAAGAUGUUUUGUAACGAAAAACAUCUGAAAGCCCGGAAGAAUUAGUAUAAUUGCUGUAACAAAGUCCCUGCCAUUACGAAUGGAUUUUGAUGGUCCCAACACACAAUGAUCUGCACUGUAACGGAUAUUUUGUUCGGUUGCUCGCAACAGUCAGUAAAACCGACGGAUUUGAGUAGAAAUCUCAGCUUGCUUUAAUUGAAAGUGUUUUUGAAUUUGAUGUCUUGAUUGUCAGCGCUUAACACUUACGGUUUACGGUAUCGGAUGAAUAGCAAUAACUUUUUUUACGUUCCCUAUUGAAUUUUUGGUAAUUGUUAUAUAUUUGAUUACCCCACUGUAAUAAAUAUUUUUGUUGUUAUCCAGAUGAUUUGUUAAAACAGGGUCUUUGCUAUGACGAAGACCCUGCUGUAACGAACAAUUUUUUUUGGUACUGUGUCAGUUCGUUGUAGUGGGGUUCCACUGUACACUACAUAUUUUUUUUACAAAAUCUGUAAAUUACUUACUUACUUCCAGUCGAUGCCUAAAAGAUGACAGGAAGAAAACUGACCCCAUAGGUCCCUAAGUAGUGCGUUAAUAGAUACAGUUUAUUUAAUAUAUCUGUAAAUUCACUGUACAUAAAAAGGAUACCGUCCAACCAUCCACAUGUAACACCCAAGCAGAAAUUUAGUUAAAGGCAGUUAUUUGCUGGCAAGAAUGGGACCAGUUAGGGGGUCUGUUCCAUAUAUCACUGUGAGAGUUGACUGCAUACAUACAUGUACACUGCAGUGCAUUAAUUUUGUUCCAACCUCCUCAGGACUAUGGUUUUAGUACAUUUUUUAUUGAUGAAGGCUUAUAUAAUCCUUUUUGGACCCAGAGAACUGUAAGUGCUUUAGAAAGAUGUGUGUACUAUAGAGGUAUAUGCAUAAAAGGAAACUUCAAUGGUCGUUUUUGUCAGAUGCAAUGUAAUCACACUAAACCUUCAACACAAGUUGUAUUUAGUGAAUAAAACUUACAACUGGCUUUUGAUUGUCAAAGUCGCGAUUAAGGUGCCAUAACUUGUGUUGUGUAGCAUAGGCACACUAUGUUCAACAAAGUUGCACCUUCUAAAUCCACCAUCAGAGAGGUUUGUGAAUAACAUUCUGAAUCAAUACUCUUACCUACUCUAUGUAGGCUGGCAUCACAAGUGGCUACGUGAAGAAACCUUGUUUAGAUCCAUAUGAUCUAGACUGUCCUGAGACAGCACCAAACUACAAAACCAAGAAGGUACAGCUUCAACAUAUUUAGCCAUAAUCUGUACCUUAAUAUCUCUUAAUGCCCCCUCCAAAAUGUUAUGGGCAAGGCAAUUUAUACCCUUUCUGUGAGAGGGGACGGGCUCCUUUAUUAAACUGUGGCCACUGAAUCCUUUAUCAUCAACAUGUAUAUUCUCUGAACUCUCCUCUGUUAUUUCUUAUGUACUAGUAAGGAGAAUUGGUUUACAGAUCAAGACACUAUGUCUAUGAUAUUUAUUUCGUUUUUUUCCUAUCCAAGUGGUUUAUUACACUUAAGAAGUUUGAUGACAAUUUUGUGAGGCUUUUCAGAGUUAAGCCUUAAACACCUUGACAGAUUUAUGGUGAAAUGAUUUGUGAUCUUAACUUUUGAAUUUGUGGGUGAAAUCCUAUGACACUAACAUUUCUGAAAAAUGAUGAAACCUCUUUGGUAGAACUUUUGCAUGUGCUUUUUUAUUUCUCGGGAUUUUAAAAAUUUGGGAUUUCUUAGUGAAUUUUCACCUUCCCUCGGUUAGCAGUGAUUAUCUUGGGGUAAAUGGAGGUGGCAUGUAAUUAUUUGUAACAUCAUUAUGGUUAUUUCUUUUUGUAUUUGUUUCAGAAACCAGAUAUAGGUGUUGAGCUAACUGGUGGCUGUCAAGGAUUCGCUACAAAGUUUUUGGAUUGGCCAGAAGAGCUCAUUGUUGGAGGCGUUGUUAAGAACAAAACUGGUAUUAUAAGAAGGUAUGUUUAACUUUGAGGGGUGGAAAAGUAAAGUCAUGUAUUGCUCUAUCGCUCCUCGUCAUCUCAUUUUUAAGCCAUUCACUGAGAAGUUUUUUUGGGAAAUGGGUCGGGGGGCGGGGAGAAGAACCAUAGGGCAUGGCUUCCAAGUCAUUUGUCAUCACUUCAUUGGUUUCAGAUUGUUAUUGGCAUGGGUUAAUUUUAUCCUUUUAAGCCCCAGUAAGCUCAUCCGAUUUCUCAAGACUGACCUCCUCAUGGGCUUGGAUAAAUUGUACUUGUAAAAUGGCUUAUUCUGCCUGGUGGCAGUGUCCGUAAAAAUCGCUUAUUCUGCUAAAAAUUCUGCUCGGACACCUUUAUUCUGCUCGAAUUCUGCUCGGUAUCCAGAAGAGUUUUCGGCCCUUCAGGCUGUAUUUAUUGUCGCAAAUAUAUGAGGGAGCCUGGGCUUAACCCCUAAAAACGAAUUGGAUAUUCAUUAUGCGCAGUGAAAUUGUAAUUCAUCUUACUUUUAAUGUGAGUGCGUUGUUGCUAUUAAAUAAUCAUUUGUUUUUAUUUAGUUUUAAAUUUUGUUACAACUGUUAUGCAUAUCAUUAGUGCUACUGAUUUUCCUUUAUUCUGCUCAAAUUCUGCUUGAAAAUGCCUUAUUCUGCCGGCAGAAUUUAUCCAAGCCUACCUCCACACAUUUCUAACAUCAAAUUUUUGCUCCCUUUCUAGUGCUGCAGCAUAUCAAAGUAUUAUAAUGUUAAUGGGGAAACAACAGCUUUUUGAACAUUGGCAAGGACAAGCUAAAGUGGGGCAUUUUGAAUGGUCAGAAGAAGCAGCAUCACAAGUUCUAGAAUCUUGGAAGCGGGAAUUUACAAAGGUACGUAAGAUGAAUAGCAAUUAUUUUACUUCUUUUAUAAUUCCCCCCUCACCCUUUCCUUGCAUUCAUUUACCCUUGAAACAGAGGAAUAAUGGUUGUUUGGAUGGAAAACUUGACCAAAUUUUAUCCAAAACCAAAUUUGUCUCUCUGAAAUCAGUUUACAGUUACAUGUACAGUCAGCGAUCUCCAUUAACACCAUUUAUCACACGAUUAGAUGUGUUAAUCUGGAGCUAAAGUUAAUCUCAGUGCACUGGACAAUCUUUGCUUAAAUCUCUCUAGACAUGUAGCAAACAUUGAAGAUUUCCUUAUUUUAUGUUAUACACCCAUAAUGGCUCUGUACAGCAGCAGGCAAAUGUUAUGACUUUUUGUGUUUGUCUAGAGGUUUGACUACAUGUAUGUUAAAAUUCAAAUUUUGUAUGUCAUUGAUCUGUUUUUUGUUAUUUUCAAACACUUAAUUGCAGACCAUCAACAAUGUUGAUCAAAGCAAGGACUCCACAGUGCUUGCUUUCUCUUCAACGUCAUUCAAUGAUCUGUUAAAAGACUUCUCCCAGACAAGUAAAACUAAAGUGGCCAUUGGUUAUGUGCUCAUGGUAAGGCAUAAAAGUGCAAGCAGAUAAGAGCAUUCUUGGUGUCAUGUCAUUUCCUGCUGUUUAUAAUAAUGAUAAUAUAUUUUCUUUGUCUCUGAAGUACGUGACUUCAGAUUGUAUAGUUCAGUCAGCCACAAAAUUUUUCAGCCUCGAUUCUGUUUUAGUUUGUAGUUUGAUGUGGGUAGCACAAACAUUGUUUUUUCACAAGUAUCAACAAUGUACAACUGUAUUUGCUUGAAAGGACCAAGAAUAUUAAAUGUCGCAAGAGCUGGAAAUUUGUGUCGAGCAAAGAUCUCACGUGUACCUUCCCAUUGUCUUGGUUAUGUGUAGUUUUUGCAGCAAGCUUUGUCAAUGAAUUAUUUUGAAAACUGGCAAUAAGUUUAUUGAUCAAGGUCAAACUCCCUCAACUAGUUUGAAAGAACCAAAGAGAAAACUAGGGAGAAGAGUACUCCUCUGAGCUGUAUUUUUUUGUUGCAGCUUAUUUAUGCAUUCCUGACCCUUAAACGCUGGAGUGAUGGUGUAGAUUCCCAUGGGGCAUUAGGGUUUGGUGGCGUUCUUCUUGUCACUGUUGCUGUAGCUUCAGGCCUGGGAUUUUGUUCAUUCAUUGGAAUCAAAUUCAAUGCUGCCUCUACCCAGGUGAGUCUUGAAAAAAAUAAAUUUGCUUUGAAUUAACCCCACUUACUCUGUAAACCCAGUGGUGGUUUCACUUAUUUAUAUUCAACUUUGAAUAUGCCUGAGCUCACUGCCACAUCAGUUACUUUUAAAUGGCUUCAAUAAUAGCUUUCAAAAAUAUGCACAACUGCAUCUGUUAUGGCAAAACAAAGGCUAAGAUGAUAGCAUGAUGAUGAUGAUGAUGAUGAUGAUGAUGAUGAUGAUGAUGAUGAUGAUGAUGGUGAUGAGGACGAUGACGUUGAUGACGAUGAUGACAAUGAUGAUGAUGAUGAUGAUGGCAAUGAUGAUGACAAUGAUGAUGAUGAUGAUGAUGAUGAUGAUGAUGAUGAUGAUGAUGAUAAUGACAAUAAUGACGACGACAAUGGUGAUGAAGAUGACAAUGAUGAUGGUGAUGAUGGUAAUGAUGAUAAUGAUAACAAUGGUGAUGAUGAUGGCAGUGAUGAUGACGAUGAUGAUGAUAAUGACAAUGAUGAUGACGAGGAGGAUGUUGAUCAUAACAGAAGUAGCUCCUUCACUAUUAUUGCUGACCGUUUCACCUACUACCAAAUAAUACAAAUUAAACUCAUCACAAAUAGAUGAGCUUGGGAACUGGUGCCUAAAAGGUUAGCGGGGUGCCAGAUGCCAAGCUGCAGGGGAGGUAUCCAUGGCAACCCUGGAACGCGGGAACCACCCAAAAGAGCGCAAGAAUCUGCAAUGAUUCGCAAUAGCAAAGCGUUUGAUCCGCAAAGAUCAGCUGAUAACACUGCACGUGUAAAGCAAUGAACCUUGAAACCCUGUGAAACCUCUAGAGGCCACCCCAAAGGUCACGUGCUGCAGAUGAGGGAGACCGCUGGCUGCAUUUGCUCACAUUUUAACUUUGCCUAAAUGAUAUUUAGCCACAUUUAACCUAUUAAUUGAUAGUCAAGCAAGCUAUGGUGAUCAUGUCAUGUUAUUUUGCAUAAUCUUGUAAGGAUUACAAUGUAGUAGUGACAUGUGUCCAUUUACUGACCAAAAUUAUCAAAUACCUUUGAAAACUUUUUUUCUGUGCAGAUCCUGCCAUUUCUUGCUCUGGGUUUAGGUGUGGAUGACAUGUUCCUGCUUGCGCACACUUAUUCCACUUCAAAGGAUAAAACCAAUGUAAGUUAUUAUAAUUGUUUUGUUGCAAAAUAAACAUACUACACUUGCUGAGAAUGAUGAAAAUUUUAUUUAACUUUUGUUAAUAGACCUAUUCGGUUAUCUCAUUGUUGUACCCAAUUCAAGUCUCCCGGAGUGAAGAUUCUUUGUGUAUUGUAUUAUGGCAUUCACAUUUAAAUGAUAUGGAAAUUUCUGAAACAAAACGUUUUAUUCCUAAAGGGUUUGAAUUGGGUACAACAUUGAGCUAGCCGAAUAGGUCUAUUUCCUAAAAAUAGAUCCAGGUCCUUUUGAAGUCAUCAUUGAUAGAAUGAGAUUGGCAACAGGUACUUUUAAAGGGAGUGAACAAUGUACCCAUGGCAACCCUAUCAAUAAUACCACUCAACAAAGAACCAGUGAUGAAACCAGUGGAAUAGUGAUGUGAACUAUGAUGUACUGACCAGGCCCCAGUUGUUCGAAAUGGAUAAAUCUCUGUCCAGGGGAUAAUGUAGUAGUACUGGUUUCCCCAAUUCUUAUCCACUGGAUCACGUUUUAUCUAUUGAUACGUGCAAUCCAUUCCUUGAACAAACCUGCAUCAGUUGGAGAGGGUCAAUCAAUCCAAACUUAAAUUGUGGCUGCUUUUACCUGUGCGUCACAAGGAUUAGCAAGCUUUAAAGUGGACACAAUAUAGUAGCCCUUUAUACCCAUGACAGCUACCUCACAGAGCACCUGAUCAAAAAAGGUACUGCUUCAGACCCAAGUUUGCCCAAUUUGUUAGUUAGUCACAGUAAAGGCCAGGGAUGUCUCUUAGAGCGGGCUGCUCGCUAGUAUCACUGGCUAAAUAAGGGCUUACCACCAGCCCAAAUAACUCUGGAAAACCAAAAAUGGGAAAUUUUGAAGGAGCAAUUGACUAAAAAAGUCAGCUUGACUAUUAAAAAAGCCUGCUAGCUUUUCCUUAGCUACACUCUGAAAGACUUACAGGGUGAGUGGCCUGCUAGGUUUCCCUGCAAAAACUUUACCAGACAUAAUCAGUAGAAUUAAUGAUGUUUAAGUCAUGACUACAUUAUUUCUUUUUAUCCCAGGAGCCAGUGGAAUAUUGUCUCGCCAGCACAGGUGUCAGUGUGUUCUUAACAUCAUUCAACAAUAUGUUUGCCUUUUUCAUGGCGGCCCUGAUUCCCAUUCCAGCAUUGAGGUCCUUUUCAUUGCAGGUGAGUACCGGCGUCAGGAUGCCAAAUGUAAUACUGAUUGGUGUGGAGUUGCUAGUUUUAUUGCUUUGCCAGUAAUGUAGCUGAAUUGAAAUUUAGGCCUAGUUAAACUCAAGACAGGGCUGGCUAGCAGGCUAUCGGAUUAGAUAUGUGGGGGUUUUACAGCCUUUCUCUUUAGGUCAAGCGCUGAUGAAAAUAGCAAUAUUGAUAUCGGCGCUAUAUAAGUAUUAUUAUUAUUAUUAUUAUUAUUAUUAUUAUUAUUAUUAUUAUUAUUAUUAAACCAUUAUGUUUGUGUGUCAUUGCCUGUUGUGGCUGAUGCUUAUUUUCUCCGGACCGUUCCCCCCUUUGAUAAUUAUUAGGUAAUUAUGUUACAUUUCACUGGUUUGUAGUGUUACAGUGUUUCGAUGGAUGCCCUUCUGAAGGUUGUCAAGGAUAUGCAUUACACUCAGCUGCAGUCUAGAACUCCACCAGCCUUACACACACUCCCCCCACACACCCCACGCCCAUCUCUGUUGGUAAGUUUGAAGCCGGGAGGGAGGGCAGGAAGCACUUAUUUAUAGGGGGAACCUAAUUGAGGCAAGGCACUAUUUUGCAAAUGGUUCUGUUAACCACGCUGUGUUAUUUUUCUGCAGGCUGCCAUUGUUGUUGUGUUCAAUUUCUUUGCUGUGAUUGUUAUCUUCCCUGCAAUGAUUGCUGCUGAUAUUAAAAGAAGGAAAAGUGGCAGAUAUGAUCUAUUUUGUUUUUGUCAAAGGUAUACACAGUUGACUUUGUCUUAACGAACAUCUCUAUAAGAUGGACACCUGUGUAAAACGGACAACUAGAGUUGGUCCCUGCCUUUCUUGACUCCCUUUUUUUCACUCUCUAUAAGAUGGACAUCUAAGACACCUCUGUAAGACAGACAUUUCUGUGAAACAGACACACAGAGUUGGUCCCUGUUUUCCUUUAGUCUCUUUGUUUCUCUCUCUAUCAGACAGACAUCUCCCUAAGACACCUCUAUAAGAUGGACACCUCUGUCAAACAGACACCUAGUGUUGGCCCCUGACUUUCUUUAGUCCCUUGAUUUCACUUCCUAUUAGACAGCAGACAUCUCUCUAAGACAGACUCUAAUUGCCAGUCCUAAAGGUGUCCAUCUUAUACAGAGUUAACUGUGCAUUUUCAUUUAAUUUUAUCAAGAGUACAUCUUACAACAGUAGUGUGAGGGGGUUGUUGGGGUUGCAGUUGUGUUACUUCAAAACCUUUGCCUGAUAAUGAUGCAGCGGUUAUGAAGUGGAUAAUUGAGUAUUCGAAUUAUCUCCUUAUAAAAUUGCAAUAGUGUUUAUUUCUUUGAGACUAUCAUGUUUCUGUAUUGGUGUCAUAACAUUAUUAAGUUUCCUUCUCUUUACUGUCUUCCUUGUAGGACGGAUCCCCAGAGGAUAUCUAUAACACCAAGCACAUCAGUCGAUAGCAGUCUUGUUCUUCAUCGUUAUCAUAACUCAUCAAACUCCUUGUCGGACUCCUCAGCUAUUGUACAGGGAGUCAGCAGCACUGUUAUUCUUCCUGGGAGCAUCCAAGCAACAGCAUCACAAACAAUACAUUUACCUAAUGUUGUGACUGUUCAAGCCUCUGCUCUUGCAGAGGUGGGUGGCCAACCAGUCUCACAGCGGCAGCACAGGAGAUGGCAUGGUAGGAAAGGUAAACAAGUGUCAGAAUCAGAGGACAUUGAACUGUCAGCCACCAGUAAUGUUUGCAGUGGUAAUGGUGUUGGCAUAGGCAGAGGUAAAGCUGGGGCAUCAGCAAAUGUUGUGCAAGUGCAGGUGGCUGGAUCAGUGGCUGCAGAACAAAAAAGCAGCAAAGAGUCUGCUUCAAAACCGCCUUUCCAAGGCUAUAGCAGAGCAUUCAAAGUUCAUCCAGAUAAGAGUGUGAUUGACAGAUGCAGUUGCAUGGAUCCUGCCGCUUCAUCAGAACAAAGAAGCAAGAGACAUGCUGCAAGAAGCACAUCAAAGGAUAGUGUUGUCAAUGAAAAUGCCCGGUAUUUUGCCAAAAAUUAUUCAAAGGACAGUGUCAUCAAUGACAAUGCUGUACUUUUUAGGAGCAGGGAGGAGACUAAGGCAUGGGCCAGUGCACCGAGAAAUUUUCAAUUCCAGGUGUCAGCAAAUGCUGUGUCAAAUGGAGAAACCUCCAUGGCCACAGCAGAGUGUUCUUCUGUGCCAGAACCUUCGAGAACAUCAAGUUCACACUCGAGAUCUUCAUCAGGAGUUGAAUCCAUGGAGAGAGCUUCUACAUCUGUCAGUUGGUGUGACACUCAAGGAGCAUUCAGCGGUUGCUGGCAGAAGCUGGAAUUUCUCUCACUUACUGCCUUUGCCAGGGACCAUUAUGGCCCCUGGCUGCAGAAAAUGCCAGUUAAGGUAUCCAUUCGUUCUCAGUAUAAAAUCAAUAUAAUUCAAGAGGAAAUUGCACUUCUAUAACAUAGCGAAAAUAUGUAGACAAUUGCACCACUAUUGUGUCUGUUAAUACUUUUGUUGGGUUGAUUGUUAAAAGCUUCCCAUGAAAACUCCUUGAAAGACAACUCUAGCUAUUCACGGUACAUACAUGGUCCGAAAUUAACUUUUUAAUACGGGCACAAACUGGCGAUCAAGUAUAAAUUUUUGGUCGCCAGGGGGUAAAUUGUGGUGGCCAAAAAUUCCCCCUCCCUUUUCUUCAAAUAAAAGUUUAAACACAAAAUAAGGAAAAAUGUAUUGUAAGGACGUUUUUAUGCUCAAAAAUUGCACUACUUCUGCUCCCGAUACUAGAAGGCAACCAUACAUGUACAAGUGAAAUCUUUUUUUUUUUUUUCCACAAGUUACCUUUUGGAGAUUACAGAGCUAUCUGAUGUAGAAUGUAGGAACAGAAAGCUAUCUGCCCAUGACUGCACUGAUCUUAUCAAAACUCUAUUUUCUUCUGAUAACUACCACUAAACACGAAACAUAAACACAAGUCAAGCCACUAUGUUGCUCAUACCAGCCACAACCAUGCCACAUUACUCGUACCAGUCCACAUACAUAAUGUACUUACGUAUUUCAGCUGAAAACAACAUGGCAGCUUGGAAACGUUCGCCUCGUAUAAGGAGAAGUUUCCUCACCUUUUAAGUAUCACGCAUCAUGGACUAUGGGUGGCUUACAGCUUAUAAAUGGACUUAUAGCAUCUGCCAGUGGUGCCCUUGUAUGCUGAUGUCUAUUGUUAGCAUGUAAAGAGGGCAUGUCUUGUUGUCCUGUAAUCUACUACAUUAAAUUACAUUGCAAGUACACAGAAUUUCACAGAAUUAUACGAUCUGUCUUUACAUUUCCUUUUAGAUCUUUGUUUUGUUUGUGUUUGCCUGCCUCUUUGCUGCUGGUGUGUAUGGAAGCAUGAGAGUUGAAAAGGGCCUUGAUCUUACUGAUGUUGUGCCACGAGAAAGCCCAGAACACAGAUUCGUUGAAGCCCAAUUCAAGUUUUUCUCAUUUUACCACAUGGCUGCUGUAACCAAAGAAGAUUUUGAUUAUGCUAAUGGCCAGGAACUCUUGUAUCAAUUUCAUGCUGCUUUUAGAAAGGUAAGUUACCAAAAGGUAAAAUAAUAUACAGUAUGAAUAUUGCAAAAUCGUGCAUUGCAUGCACAACUUAUAGAUAAGUCAGUUUUCUUGCAAGUCAGUUUUCUUUGUGCGAGCUGUACAUGUGAAAUUGAGAUUAGGAUUGCCGGCUCCUGUGGUUGCCAUCAAUGAAUCAUUUGCACAGUGACGUCAUUUUACUAGACUAAGACCAGAAUCCUUCAUUGUUUUGCUUUCUUGUGCAAAUUAGGGCUUUUGUUAUUUAAACCACACUCGGAUUAAAAAAUAUAAAUAGAGAAAAACGGAAGGGAUUCUGGUCAUAGUAGUAAAAUGUUGCCAUCAUGUAAAUGGCGUAUUAAAUUAUAGUGACCUAAAUACUUGUAAUUGCAAUUAAGAGUGACCUUUAAAAUUCCCCUUGCAGAUUCCAAACAUAAUCAAGACACCAGCAGGCGACUUACCACACUUCUGGUUGAUCUACUUUAGGGAAUGGCUUGAAGGUAUGUCUUUAGAUAGUAUUUUUAAUCACUCUUUUGAGGUCACAAGGUGAUGUCAGAUUGAACUGAAGUGCCCAGAUCUCAUAACCAGAAUUAUUACGUAAACACCAAUGAAAUACCAGGUGAGCUUUGGCACGAAAACUUGAUAUCUUCACAAGUGAAAAUAUCUCCGUUGUUAUGGCUACACAAUAAAUUGCGCCUUUCACACCAAGAAACUAUCAAAGUGAAAUGGUUUGGUAUUUCAUUGGUGUUUAUAUAAUAAAUAGAACAUUACAUGGCCGCUUAGAGAUAUGAAAUUCCUCCUCUCGUGUUGAAAAAAUAUUUCACUUGUUCGUGAAAUAUUUUUCAACACUCAAAGAGAAAUUUUGUAUCUUUGCAUGGCCAUGUAAUAUCCUCUAUUUAUGUAGAACUCUGCGCUCUAGCAUGGGUUGAAAUAUCUCUUCCCCUGUGCACAAUUUAUAUGACAGAGCUGUUCUUGACUGUUGGGUCACUGGUUAUGGGUGGCUCAGGGGUAAAUGGUUUAAAAGUAGUAAAUUUAGUCAUACUUUUGAAUAGCAAGACAAUGGAAGUUCUGACUCAGCAUCUCCUUGCUUUUCUCAGGCCUUCAAAAGGCAUUUGACAGAGACUGGAAUGAAGGGAGAAUAAAUUAUUCUGGCUGGCAGGCAAAUGCUUCGGAUGACGGUGUAAUGGCAUUCAAAUUGUUGGCCCAGACCGGUGAAAAAGAGUCAGUCAACCACUCAAUUGUGAGUACUUUCACUCCGUUAUUAAUUUCAUUUUGUAAAAUGCUGAAAAACAAAUAGUACCACUUGAAAGGACUAGCAAAGAGGUUUCAUUUGAAUGGUUCAGACCAAACAAUUUUUUCCACAUACUCCAAAGUUAGAAUUACAUACAAAACAAAUAGUAACAUGUGAAAGUACCGCUAAAGAGCUUUCAUUUGAAUGGUCACUUCACAGGAUUUUGUCCACAGACUCAAAAGUUAAAAUGUGCUAUGAGACUAUAUCAUUUAGCACUGGCAGUAGAUGGGUUAAUUCACAGCAUCAACGCAGGAGGGAAUAAAAAUAAGGAAAAUUUUAGAUUUAACCAAUAGAAAAUAAACGUUUUCCUAGUUUGCAUGCACCUGAUAUAAACACUAGAAGGUGUUUGGAGAAUUUGGGACAGUUUAAUAUUCAUACCCAUGAUGAAGUUGAGAUGAAGUUAGGGGCUUUUAUUAUAUAGACAUGAGUGUUUUGCUCGUGUCAAAAACAAUAUUUAAUUACUCACUCGCUGCGCUCAUUCGUAAAAUAUUGUUUUGCCACUGGAAAAUAAAAUUCAUAUCUUCGCCCCACUGUGUAAUAUCCUCUAUGUAUACACUUCUUAGCGACUCAGAGCACGCUUACUAUUUAAGUUAUUUUUAAUGUCAAAAUGGACUUGUUGUGAAGUUAAUUGAUCUUAACCUUGCUCAACAGGUCCGUAGUGUGAGGUUAGUCAGUGAAGAUGGAAUAAUUCGCCCAGAAACUUUUUACAAGUACCUGAUGGUGUGGUGCAGUAUGGACUACCUAGGGUAUACCUUCUCACAGGUAACUAGUGUUUACAUUUAUCAUGAUAUUGGCUUUCAUAGCCCCUGCAAAAAUUUUUCGUUUCAUAUCAGAGCCUUGAUGUUUUGGGUGAACAUAACUUUGUUGGUUUCCAUAUCACCUCAAUUUCUCUUUGACAUAACGAUGAUCGUUGCGGGUGAUCUUCUUUGUAAACAGGCUUUAAUUUUAUAAAUUAAUUUUAUGUAUUUUUUUAUUUUAACAUUCAUCUUUUUAAAUGCUAUUACCGUUAAUUCUGUAGUUUGUAAACAUGUUGAGGAUAUUGUAUAUAUUGUUUAUUUAGCCUGAUUGUUUUUACCGUGUGUAAAUAAAAGUGAUGGUGAUGAUGAUGAUUAAUUAACCAAUAUUGUUACAUGGAGAAAUUUGACACAGGUCACUUUUUUGUACAUUGAGUUUCAUUAUUUUUCAGUCAUGUUUCCAAGAUAGUUUUAGGAAAGCACAUAAAAGCACAUAGAUUUAAGUGAACUGAUAUUCUCAACUCUUGUCGUAGGCAAAUAUCAGGCCUGUACCAACAACUGGAGGACACUGGAGCAACAUAAGAAGUGUCCAAACAUACAGAGCUAUGCGAGGUAAAUUACAUAGCUUUCUCGAAAAGGCUUUUCUCCAAAAUGAAGGAAAAAUCAGCAAAAGUUAAUACCAACUAGCCAGUGUUCCAAAUACAUGUACUAGCUCUAUUCUUGUUCAUAUUGUUUCAGAAAACUCUCAUUGGUCCUUUUUUUGCAAGAAACGUAUCAGUGAUGCAUAAGAUCAUAGCUCUGAUUACUGUGUUUAAACUGUGAUGCAAAUUGUGUAAACAACAAGAAUAUUUGAGGAGCAAAGAUGAAUAGUCCAUUUUCGAGUUUGCUAUGACCGCUGAAUUAAAGAAGUGAAGACGCAUUUUUUACAGCCUUAGCCUCCAUCUGAAGUAAUAUAUUCACAAAUUCCAACGAGAAAAAGACCUGUUUAUUACUCUGUCUAUUGUGUAUAUUGAAAUUUCAAACACUUACUUGCCGGAAUUUCUGAAUAUUUUACUUUACAUCGAGGCUAACCCUGUAUGAAUGUUUGUAUUCAGCGGUAAUUUUUUUAACGAAACCGGACUAUUAAGACUUUUAAAAUUUUCUUGUACUCAUGUGGUGGAAAAGACACAAGUUAAGAUAGUUUUAAAGUCUCCUGUUGAAAAUUAUUUAACCCUUUAAGUCGCAAUAGCGAUCAACAUCAAUUUUCUCCUAAGGAUAUCCAUUGAUUGUCAAGAGAAAUGGUUAUGAGACUUAAUAAAAUGAUCACCAAAGAGAAAAUGCUUCCAUCUUUUAUCAAAUUCUCUCAACUAAUUCUUAAAGGAAAUGUAUAGAGAUCAGUUUGGAGAAUUUGUAUGUGGAUAUUGGGGCUCAAAGGGUGAACAGUUCUGGAAGCUCCACAUGUUUGCUCUGUGAUAAGGUUCUAAAUGAUUUCAUUUCGUUGUGAUUUUCUUGACAGUUGAGCCGCCAGCACCACCAAUCAACUUUUCAUUUAUUCCAUUCAAUCUCAUCAACAUCAGGAACACAAACGAUUUCAUUGACAUUAUAAAGGUAAGAUUAAUACUACAUACACUGCUGAGGGUUCACUUAAGGGGAGCGAGUUCUUUGCUGUGCUGUUAUCAUCCAUCAGUUCCCCAGGGUGUGCUUAUGCAGUGCCCGGUGGUCCUCUCCCAGUUUACUUUUGGUCUUGGGCGACUUGGAGACCUUAGCUUUUCCUUAAAACUCACAUGCUGGGCACCCUGGAUUUCACAGGUUUCAACCACUGGUUUCCUUCAAUUUGUCUUAGAACAAAGUCAUAAGAGCACUUAUGGCUUGAAGUGAAAAUCAAUAUUUUUUGAGUCAUAAGCAGAGUUAUAAGCAUGGCGGAACCAGCGACGGAAGAAUCAGAAUGUUUCUCUUUUCUUCUGGCUCCGCUUAACUCUGUCGCUUAUGAUCUAGUGAAGCAUAUCAGUCUAUCCACGCCAUUCAUGGUAACGUAGAACUGGAAGCAGUUUCAUGUAGUCUUAAAUAAUAAGACUAGACCAUUAUGUUUCAUUGUAGUCUGAAAUGUCAUACGCCUCCACCCCUAACCCGGAGGAUGCAGGAGAGCCCCCCCAAUGGGAUAGGGGGUGGAAAUGUGUGACAUUUCAGACAAGUUUCAAAGCCUAAACAUAGUUUUAAAUAGUAGAGUUAAAUAUUACCUUUGGAAGUCAGUUGAUGCAAAUACACGUUUUUGCGCUUAAAUAAGGUAGCAAUUAACAUGAAAUGGCCCCUUAAAUCAAUAAAACUCCUUUUCCUUUUUGCAGAGUGUCCGUGCAAUUUCAGAUGAGUUCUCUGACAAGGGCUUGCCUAAUUAUCCUAGUGGAGUCCCAUUUACUUUCUGGGAACAGUAUAUUUGGCUGGGACACCGACUUAUGGUUGCUGUUUCCAUUGUUCUUGCGACAAGCUUUGUUGUGAUGGCCGUUAUUCUGUGCAAUUUCUGGGCAGCAAUGUUCAUUGUAAGUUUAUGGUCAUUUCUGAUGCGAUAAUGUAGAUAACACAGGUAUUUGAAAAGAUCAAGACAUUUACAGACUGAGAGUAGUGGUCUUGCAGGGGUUAACUCUUAGGUCGUAUGAGUGACAGACAUUAAUUUUCUCCUAACAACAUCAGCAGAUCAUCAAGAGUAAAGGUUGUGAGAAGUACUAGAUUGAUUACCAAAGGGAGAAAACUUUGAUCUUAAACCAAAUUCUCUCAACUAUUCAUAAAAGAAAUGCAUAGAGAUCAGUCUGGAGAAUUUGUAUGUUGAUCAUGGGGCUUAAAGGGUUAAGGUUUGAAAUUACACCAAGGGUUGAGGGAAGCGGGUUCAGUCAUAGGCUGUAUGGGUACAUGUUGUACAUCUACACUUCCCAGUUGGCAAGUUUGAGAGAGGCUAGAGACGAAAUCGUGUUGUCAUGUCAUGUACAGUAAUCAAACAAAAUGUAAAUGCCAUUUUUUUUAUAGUACAAAUGCUCUUAGCCACUCUAGCUACAUGUACAUAUACCGUAUUUAUUCGACUAAGCGCCCACCUCGAAUAAGCACCCAUCCUAAAGGCAGAAAAAGUUAAUAAGCUCCCAGCCUCAAGUAAGCGCCCACUCCCACCCCACUCUUUCCAACACAAACUCAAAUAAUAGAUAAUAAGAGACCCUCCCGAUGCUUUGUUACAUCUUCCCUUUUUGUCAUUACCAUAAAUUGUUUUGUUGCAAAAUAAACAUACUACACUUGCUGAGAAUGAUGAAAAUUUAAUAAGUGCCCAGCCUCGAAUAAGUGCCUCUCUCAAAGCCCAAUAAUUUAAUAGGCACCCAGGGCGAUUAAUCGAAUAAAUACGGUAGUUUACAGAUACUUUAUUCAUAUAAUUGCAAAGAAAUUAUGGAAACAAGCAUUGCAUGAUUGACCUCAACUAACAGGAGGCAAUCCAGCAUUUACAAUUGUGGGUGUGAGGUUAAAACUCUAGUGUACCAAGGAACAUAUUCAGCCAGUGGGUAAAGUGAGACUUGAACCAUUGGCUUGCAGGCAGACACUCUGAUCACAUACCCGCUGUGCCUUCUGGCAUCCCCAUAAGUUUUUUGACCUGUUUUGUUUUGUUUAUAGGUCAUAGUUUUAGCCAUGAUUACAGUAGAGGUGUAUGGCUUCAUGGGUUUGGCUGGCAUCAAGCUCAGUGCCGUACCAGCAGUUACACUCAUUCUUUCGGUUGGUGUUGGGGUGGAGUUCACUGUUCACAUGUGCAUGGUAUGUGCCAUGUUAGUUAUGGUACACCAAAUAGGUUACCUAUUAUAUGUGUUUCGGUUUAAUGCUAUCUUUGAUUUUAAUAUUAUUUUCCUCUGUCUUUAAGUUUGGUAAAUUAUGAUAAUGAGUUUGAAAUGAAGGAAAUAAAAUUUAAACCAAGAUUAAAAUUGAACCAUAAAGAAAUCAGAAUGUACAUUUGGUUUUUUAGUAUCCAAGUGAAAGUUUGAAAGCAAAAUCAGAUUCGAGCAGUGUCGUGAUAACUUGUUUUUGAACAAUAAGAGGCGAGUUGUUCAAACCUCAGAUGACUCUAAUUCGUGGGUUAAUAAAUUUGAAGAAGGGCAUAUGAAUGUAUUGUCAUGGUAAUGAACCCAGGAUUUGCGGUUAUCACCCAUAGAACCACUCGGCCUAGAGCAGGCCUCGUAAUUUAAAACAAAAUGGCGUUUUUAAAUUAUAAAUUGCCGCUUUCGUUGCUAGGUUUCGUUACAGACUAAAUACACGGAUUUUCAUAGUGGCAGAAAAUUUCAGAUUACUCGGCCACUUCUGGGAACGCUUAAAACUGAAUGAUCGAGACAUAACUCAAUAAAGCACUGUUGUCACGCAACGCGUUGCAAAUAAGUGGCCAGGAGUUCUAAAAUUUAUCCCAGUCAUAUUUUCUCGCUUUUUUGUCACGAAAGCUUACCUGUAUCUGCUUUGCUUUGCUUUGCUUGCAGCAAUUUUUAACCAGCAGAGGAGAUAGAAAUCAGCGUAUGCAACGAGCAGUCGAACACGUGUUUUCGCCAGUCGUAGAUGGCGCUGUCUCAACGCUACUUGGUGUCAUUAUGCUUGCGGGAUCAGACUUUGAUUUUAUCGUCAGGUAAAGUUGUCAACAACGGAAAGUUAGAUGUUAUAAACGCCGAAACAUAGGAACUCUUUCAUCUCUACGAUUACUUUUUAAGUAUGGCGCAAACCUUGUAGCCACGCUUUCUAUCGCACAAUCCUUCACUCUGUCUCUGCCUAUCUUCGUAAAAAGACUUCCGAGUCUUACUCGUUUUAAAUUUUCAUAGAAACUCGAGCCUUGUCAAAAAUACCACUUCAUUUCUUCCGAUAGGUACUUUUUUCAUCUCUUGGCUGCAUUGAUUGUUAUUGGAACAAUAAAUGGCUUGGUGUUUCUGCCUGUUUUGUUGUCCCUCGCUGGCCCAGGUCCUGAGGUAAGUUUUCUUUUCUUUUUUUUCAGCAAGUUUCACGUGUGGGGCACGUGCUUGUGGGCGAAUUUUUCUUUCCGGCGUGUGCCGCAUGCUGUAUGUCAGCUUGUGCUAUUUCGAUCGAUAAAGAAGCAAAGCAGAAUUUUCAGCAAGUGACAUACCCCUGUAAUGUAGUUUUUUUUGACUACAACAAAGUAUUCCUUAUGCUGGCUCUUCAGCUAACAACCGUUAAGUAGUACCUUCAAUUGAAACUGUUAGCAAUGCUUGUUCAGAAUAAUAAUUGUCGAGAAAUGGCACAAGUUAAGGACAGACUAAUCCAAAAGCUUUCCUUUUGAAUUCAAAAUCCAGAGGUUUGGAAUCAUGGCAUCCAGAUUUUACGACCGUUCUUGAAUUUGGCUGGAUUUGAGGGUAUUUUUUGUGGCAGAAGUGUUUUUCGUUUUGUUCCUGGAUAGGAUUAACCUGUGUUGGUCUGUAGUUAAACCUAAGUGACUACCGUAAAAUUCCGAAAAUAUAAGCCCCCCUGGGGCUUGUACUUGGAAAAUUGCCCUCAAAUACAAAGGGAAAGAAAGCAAAAACUUUAAAUUUACGUCCAACUAUAAGGCUAACCCUAUCGAUUUUGAUACGCAAAUUUCCCUCCGUACAUAAGCCCCUCCGAAUAUAAGCCCCUCAAAAAGGGCCUUUGAAAAAUAUAAGCCCAUAUAAGCCCCGGGGCUUAUUUUCGGAAUUUUACGGUGUUAUAUUAAAAGCUCCCCUGAAAAUGAUUUUUUAACUGUAUGGCGUUUCAUGUGUGUGUGUGUGUGUGUUUUUGGCACUCGCCAUAAAGCUGGAUGAAAAGAUGUAACUGUUUCCUUCUUUUCCCUUUUUUUAACCGAAGGUUGAAGAAUUAGCGCCACCAAGAACGGCUUCCUCGGCGGGAUCUAAUAGAGAAUUUCUACCAGGUUCAAGCUGCAGGCAAAGAACACCUCCAACGGACUCGGAAAUUUGCAUUGUGGAAAGCAUCGCAAGGCAGGAAGAGAAAUCUUCUGGAUCCGGGGGGAGACGUCCGCGUCGUAAAAAGGGUCACCAUGGAAGUAACAGUCGAGGAAAUAAGCGAUCUAAUCCAAACAGGUGUACUCCCCCUGUGGAUUCUGACUCGUCUAGUUCGACAGUCACUCGGGUGACCACUCGGGCCACGGUUACAGUCGAAGUUCAUACCGAACAUACAUCGGAGAGAUCCUCGCAUCCGAACUUUCGCGCGGGGGCCCAAGCUGGUCGGCCAUUUCACAGCGAGGAAGAAAUUGAUGAAGAGGAGAUGCACAUCACCAGUUUAGAAGAUUAUGGCGACGACUUGAAGAGGUAGUUGAACGGUAAAAAUUAAGGUCGUUUACUGUCAGUCGCCAAAGCUUCAUGGACUAUGGCUUUUUGAGUAAACUUCGCACAGGCAUUCCCUUCGUGGAUGAAUACGCGUGGAACACAUUACGUGCGUGGGGGAUAGUACACGCGCGACUCGAGUCGAGAGUGUAAUACUUCUCGUGUAUAGUGGAACCUCUCAAGAUAAGUGUACCCAAUCGGAGAAACGUUUAGCUAGAGUCGAUUACAUACAAUUCAAUUUUCUCCGUUUCAGUUUAGUGCAGAACAGCAAGGAACAGUAAAACUGGAUUUUACUAGAACAUUGCAAAGUGUAUAUUACCGGAAAAAGGGUUUAGAUCACAGGAACACUCAAUAAGAACCCAGUUACAAUUUAGAUUUAAAACGACGAAUAUUCACAUUAUUUAUAUUGGUGUACAAAGUUCAAAGGUGUAAUUAUCUGUAUCUACAAGCUGGCUUGGUCCACGUCAGUAUCCCAGGUAAUCAAGAAUAAUCUAUCAUAUCGUUUAUGGGUUUCGUUUAUAUUUAUAGAGAGAAAGUAGCGAGGUGGACAGCGAUAAUACAUACUUCCUCAACAUAAAUGGCGACCUGUAUUUUUGUUAAAAACAAAACCAACGACUGGAAAAAAAAAAAGAUUAGAGCGCAAGUGCUUUUUUCGAUUUUAAUAUGGAGAUUUUGCAAAGUUCUCUCCAAAUUGCACAAGCUGUAGGCGGGGUCAGCCACUUCCUCGUUUGUCUUCAAAUUACAGAUCCCCCCUCCCCUACCCCAAGCGUUGGACGAUUUCUUGAAUGAAUGAUUUAUUGUGGUUACGGUUUCACCCCCAUUAGCUUUACCAAAACACACAAUAAGCAAACAAAAUCAUUCGAAUGGUCACACUUGAGGAUGUAUUUAACAAAUUCAGAAGUAUUCUACGCAACCGUUUCCGUGUCGCGUUGCUUGACGAGACGAAGACGGCUACGCUGUCGGGGGGACUCAUUCAAACGUUACAACUACGUAAUCACCAAGAAAAAAGUAACACUGCAUUCUUUACACCAGAGGUAACGAAGUCUACAAUUGUUUUCCCAAGGGACAUAAAACAAAGACAGCUAACGCUGAUCAAGAAAUGAAAAGUACUAUUACGGAUGGCAAUUUUAAUCACAAAUUUCAUGCACUGAUUUGACGAAUUCAACUUUGAUGAACUCUUAUCCACUUCCAUCCUUACAAUUAUGUAUCUCAUCCCAAACGUUUGUUCCUUUUUACUGUACAGAAUAUUUUUAGAAGGUUUAGAUGCAUAUCGUAGUGUAAAAUGACAGUAAAAGUAGGUAUUUCUAUCACUUUGGGUCGUCAUUUUGUUGAAGGAAGUGUAAUUUGUCGCCUUUCUGCAUUCGCUGCCUUUCAAUAGGAAUUUAGCACCCUGUCCGUUGUCGUUGUCCAGUUGUUUAGCAGUGGUUGUUCACGUUUGUGGAGCCACUGAAAGGUCCACAAGCGAGUUAAGGGAGUUUUAGUCAACUUAUUGUCAACUGGUUAUUUUCUUAAGUCGUAAUUUAAGGUACGCUGCUUCAUUUUAUAAUUGCACUGAGGGCGGUUUUAGCUUGAGUGUCGAUGACAGUCAUGCUGCAACGCGCGUUAUCAUCGUUGUUGCUUCGAGGUCUCGUGACAAGUAACCAUAAGAAUUUUUCCCGCCCAAAAUCUCUGAGUUGGCAACAUUGCAAUUCUGUGGCGUCAGCGGACAGAGGCGAAUGUUGACCACUUUUGUGGGAGCAACUCAUCUCCUCUUCGUAAUAGUUCAUACCUUUCUUGAUUCGGAUCAAAUGGUUCAAUGCGGUUGACUCCUGUGAUUGUUGAUUUUACAUCGGUUUUUGUUCAGCGACGCUCAGUUGAAACCGCCCCAUUUUUUCUUGAACAUUUUGUGAUUCUAGGCAUUGCAGAUAUGCUAUUUUUAUGCGGGUUAUGUUGUAUAUCAGACACGAGUAGAAGCGUGUUUUAUCCAAUGUCUAAACACCGUAAAGUGAGUUGGAAAAAAAAAAACGAGUCGUGGCAGUUUCCUAAACCGACCUGUUGGAUUACUGUCUUUUUAUUGAGGAAGCGUAGGAAAUGAUUAAUAGUUCAUUAAAAAAUUCAAAUAAAUACCUCACUAGAUUAAAGGUAAUUGGAAUCCGAUUCUAAACCUCUUUUUUUUCUUUACAUGAGUUUAGCCUUUUAAAAAUAAUUUUAAACGCCAAUAGCUUUCCUUUAGAAUUUCGGAAAGUGAAAAGCACAAUUUUCUUUCUAUUAGAACUUUUGUUUCAAAAAGGAGACUUCUUCAUAUAGUUGGGUGGCCAACUUUCGUACCGUAUACAGUCGAACUUCCAUUGAACAGCCAUUCACUGUAUUUAGCGGCCAGUUAUCAAACUCCCAACGGACAAAAAUUGUCAGUAAAUCACGGUAAAUAGAAUGUUUUGAAAGGCCAAUUGUCCCUUUCGUUUUUCAGUCUGGAAUGUCAUACGUCUCCACCCCCUAACACGGAGGGGGGGCGCCCCCCACGGGUUAGGGGGAGACGUAUGACACUUCAGACGACUUCUGCGUGGGUAGAAGUUUAUGGAGGUGCGACUGAGGUAUAAAAAGGCUGUGGUCCAUAACUUAUUUAUUUAAUAACCCAUAUCAAACCGCAGACAAUAAGUUGAUUGAUAAUACUCCCGAUUAACCA